AUGCCUGUCUUUAAUCACUGGAAUGCCAAACUCGUUAGGUGUCAGAGGGGUGAGUAACAUUUUUGGAUUUGGAAUUAAUUAAAAUACACUGCUGGCACUCAACGAGUAAAUGCAAUGUUGUCUGAUCAGUGUACCAAAUAUGCCUAUCUUUUAAGUUUGCAUGCAUUUAUUGUGGAUGCUUUUUAAAUUUGUGUGUCUAUAUAAUAUACACAUUACAUAUGUAUAUGUACACAUUAUAUACUGUAUGUUCAGUCUUUGACAUAGGCAUUCUGGGAUCACUUUAGUUUUUUACAUUCUGUAAAUAAUGAGUCCCUUUCAAGAAUCUUCCCCUUAUUAUUUUUCUCAUGUGAACAAAAUUGCCCUUUGACUCUCCUUGUUGUCUGACUACAUUUAGAGAUUUUAUAAAAUUUUAAAUGUCAUAGAAUUUUUUUCAGACUGGGAACGGAAAAAUAGGACAAGUCUUUUAAUUGAAGGUUUGGUUCCUAAUCCUGGAAGCAUUCUUCUUUCUCCAAUUAGCCCUGCACAAAUGACUGUGUAUGAACCAUAAGAUAAUUAAUUGAUGGCCGUAAGAAUAUAAACGUGGGCAUAUUUUGUUCUUAGGCAUAAAAAGUUCAUGUGAAAGUAUUGCUAACAAUCAAGUUGACAACCCCCCAUGGUUGACCCCUCUUGCUCUCUUGCUUAAUCAUAUUUUAUAUUUUGUUUCCAGAUAGCUGGUCAGCUUCCCUGGAUUUCGCUGACGACACAGGAAAGCUUUGCCUGAAGAUGGAAACACUGGAGUCGGAACUGACCUGCCCUAUCUGUCUAGAGUUGUUUGAAGACCCACUGCUACUGCCUUGCGCUCACAGCCUCUGUUUCAACUGUGCGCAUCGCAUCCUGGUCUCCCACUGUGCCAACAACGAAUCAGUAGAAUCUAUUAACGCCUUCCAGUGCCCCACCUGCCGUUAUGUCAUCACACUCAGCAAGCGUGGCUUAGACGGACUCAAGCGGAACGUGACUCUGCAGAACAUCAUCGACAGAUUUCAGAAAGCAUCUGUGAGUGUGCCCAAUUCCCCUGGUGAAACGCGACGAGAAAGGGCUUACGACACCAAUAGCAGCAUGACAUCCAGCGAGAAAGUCCCCUGUCAGUUCUGUGACCAGGACCAGGCUAGGGAGGCCGUCAAAACCUGUGUGACUUGUGAAGUGUCCUACUGCGAGGACUGUUUGAAGGCAACACACCCAAACAAGAAGCCAUUUACUGGCCACCGUUUAAUCGAGCCCAUCCCUGACUCGCACAUUCGAGGGUUAAUGUGUCUGGAGCACGAGGAUGAAAAAGUGAAUAUGUAUUGUGUUACAGAUGAUCAACUAAUUUGUGCCUUGUGUAAACUGGUUGGACGACACCGAGAUCAUCAGGUGGCAGCACUUGGUGAUAGAUAUGACAAGCUGAAGGUAAGACUUUGAUUGUAAUACUAGACUGUAAAUUGUCCUUAAUUAUUUCAUAUCUGUAUGUCUUUUCUUAAUUUCUUGAGACAAGGUAUAAACCGUACAGCCCAUCCUAAUUUUCUGCUUGUGGUUGAAAUAACGAACAUAAAUUCGCAAUCCAUACAGUCAGACUCUAAGUCACAAUGCGGAAACAUGUUCUUUACUUUAGCUGGUUAAUACAUUGCAUUCUUUGGAAAUGGUGUUUAAUAUUGUAUCAUGGUUAUUUAUGAUUUCAAGAACCGUUCGUCUCACUUGCAGUCAUUUGCUGCGAAACCAUCUCUGUAUCAGUCUAUCGAAGUUUUACGUAGGAUUCGCACGUUGUGUUAAAUGCUGAUAUCUAGUUAGCUUAAGUGGUAUUUGCUGCAAAACCAGUUUGUUUCAGUCUAUUUAAGUUUUCCGUAGGAUUCACGCUUUUUGUUUCUGCUGAUAUCUAGUUCUGUGGUAUGACGGCCCAAAAGAAAGGUGUCUCUGCGAUUUGUUUUCUGUGUUGACACAAACACUGUUUUGAGAUACAUCAUGACAACACCAAGGUUAUCUCCAAUGUGUUUACAAAGGUUCAUUUCUCCACAGCACCUACUUGUUCUUCUUGUCUGCCUAUUGAUGAUUUAUCUAAAGUCUGUGUAUCUCUGUCUGUUUAUUCUGUCUGCCGAGCAUCAAACAUUCUGUGCUUUUUUCUGUUCAAUAAUAACAAUGGCAUGUUUUAAAUUUAUACAAAUAUAAGCUUCUUUAAAAGGAUUAGUUAUAUUCUACGUACAUGGAAGGGGCAGUCUAAAGACCAAUAUCACUUCAUAUUAGGUGAUUUAGGUGUAUAGAUGCAACUGAUGUAGCAUUGCAGUUCAAAACAGUGCAAUUUCAGAUUUUUUUUUCUUUUUGUAAUUCUUACACCUCUUCCGUCUAGCAGUCAGGGAUUUUGGACUCAAAUAGAUUAAAGGACCACUCUAGGCACCCAGACCACUUCAGUUUAAUGAAGUGGUGUGGGUGCCAGGUCCUUCUAGGGUUAACCCAUUUUUUUAUAAACAUAGCAGUUUCAGAGAAACUGCUAUGUUUAUCAAUGGGUUAAGCCUUCCUCCAAAUCCUCUAGUGGCUGUCUCAUUGACAGCCGCUAGAGGCGCUUGCGUGAUUCUCACUGUGAAAAUCACAGUGAGAGCACGCAAGCGUCCAUAGGAAAGCAUUAUGAAUGCUUUCCUAUGACCGGCUGAAUCUGCGCAGCUGCGUCGCAUUCAGCCGGCAGGCGGAGGAUCGGAGGAGGAGAGCUUCCCGCCCAGUGCUGGAAAAAGGUAAGUUUUUACCCCUUUCCCCCUUCCAGAGCCGGGCGGGAGGGGGACCCUGAGGGUGGGGGCACCCUCAGGGCACUAUAGUGCCAGGAAAACGAGUAUGUUUUCCUGGCACUAUAGUGGUCCUUUAAAUAAUAAAAUAUAUUUUGACUGACAUCUACAUGUAAAGCACGAGUUGCAGGAAAUGCUUCUCAUAGAGAAGCAUUAUAUUGAUGUUCAUGCCUGUGGCCAUACAUGAACUAUAUGUCUGCAAUGAUUCUCUAAGAAAAGCUUUUGAUUGGACAAAAGUCUUCAUGUUGAUGACUUCACAGAAGGCGUAUCGGGCUGCAGCAAGCAGUCUGUCUUGGCACUGGAUUAAUGCGAAGUUUAAGAGUGAAUUUACAUUUUUUAUUUUAAUAAAUGGGGGGCUCUAUCUCCAAACUUAGAAAGUAACACAGUAAGUUUGAAAAAAAAAUGUAUACAUUACAAUUUUUUUUUGUAAUUGUAUUGCUUCUUAGUGUUAAUUUAGUGGUAUACAAUCUCAGAUUGACCUCAUGUGAAUUCACGUUAAUUUCCACUUUAUAGUAUUCCCAGUUAAACAAAGCUAACAGGCAUUACUGUUGCUUCCAUGAUUUUCCCCAUGUUAGGACUGGCCUGUACAGAGGUGGGAGGGAAAGAAUUGAUGCUGGAAAUACAUUAAAAUAUGUUUUUUGUGAUACCUCUGCAGGUGUUAGUUGGCAGCCCCAUGUAUUUUAUCCAGUGGUGCUACUGGGGCAGCAAACAGAUCAUUGAACCCUAAUAAAUGAACUCAAUAAUGAGAUAUAAAAAGCCAUUGCACUAUUUUAGGAGGCAUACAUUGCUUUACUUUGCUGGAACAGCUGUGUUAUAUAUAAAAACACAACUUUUAAUUCUGGUAUUUCCUGUUUUUUGAGCUUCUGUUAACAUGUAGACACCAGUGUUGUUUCUUUAAUCACCUCCAGAUCCAAACUGAAUGAGAGACGAAAAUACGACCUCCAUAAAAUUCCAAAUAUGUCUUUUCAUUACGAUGAAGGCUAGGCGGUAUUUCACAGUUUAUUUGAACAAAAAAAAUGUUUAAAAAAAAACUAGAAGAAAAUAAUUUGGAAAUUUAAAUUAAAUAUCCUGAAAAUGUCAAGUAUGGUGUUCACUUAAUCCAUGUCUGAAAAUGUAAUUAAAACAAGGUUUAUAUACAUAUAGAUGAAAGGGAAUAUAUUUGAUACAAUGCACAUGUCUUUCUAUUUGUUUUUACAUGCGUCUCUGUUUACUUAGACGUGUACACCAUUUCAUCUAUGUAGAUAGUUUUUUGUAUAUUUUCUUGGGAAAUACAUCUUCCCUAUUUCCUAGUCUCCAUCUAUUCUCAGAAAUCUCCCAAUUCUAGAAUUCAUAUUGCCUCUUACCUUAUUGAGACCUUCCCCUUUCUAACGCUAAAACGCAUGAUCAGUGGAAUGUUGUACCUGUAGAUGCUUUUAUAAUUGUUUAACAAGAUGUCAUAUUUUUUGAAUAGUGAUCUACAGGAAUUAUACAAAAAAAAAAAACAAUUGUGGCUGAAAUAAUUGUCUGGGCUUCUGCUUGUAUUCCAGAGUGUCAGGCUCAAUUAAUUACUUACACUCUAUCAAAGUAAUGUUGCUAAUUAUUUUAAUCGUAAUUCACCCUUCGUUACACCGCGAACAAAAGAGUCCAGUGUAAUCCUUUUUUUAUGUGCUGAAGAAAUAUCUCUUCAUUGUAAUUUUUAAUAUAUCCCUCGACUGAAUGAAUUGUGUAAAGAAAAAAAAAGAAAAAGCUCUUCUUGUAUUCAGCAUGCAGACUGCUGCUAAUUCUGUCAAACUUGAUUAUAGACUUGUAGACCUACUUAUAUAGAUGCUUAAAAUGAGAAUUGUUUAUAGCAAUCCCUGAAACAUUUUAAAAGCAGGAGUGAAACAAUGAAAAGGCAUCAAUAAAACUUCUAGUCCAAUUAUUUAAAAUAUAUAAAAAAAACAUUUAACGUUAAUAUAUAAUUAUGAUUUUCUCUGUAACAAUUGGACUUACAUGAAAAGGGUAAUUAGCAGAAAUAACAGCUGCUAAUGUUCAUUUUGUGUGAAAGCAAGAUGCUUAGAAAGCAUCACCUUCCCCCGACAUUACUGGCUGCUGUAUAAUCAUAUGGACCCUAGAGGUGUGUAUAUAUAUAUAUAUAUAUAUGCAGUAACAUUUUAAUACACUGAAAAGGUUCUGAGGUUUAAAAAAUAAAAUAAAAAUAAUCUCAAACCUUCCAGUGAACCUUCUGAGAAAUUAGCAUUUUAAAUACACUCUCUCUGCCUUAAGUACUUUCCUAGCAUGCCUUCACACUAUGCAUGGAAUUACCUAUAAAUUGUGUUGUUAACCUAGAUUGGCUCUUUAAUGUUUGAUUAAUAUCACCGUGGGUGACUUCACACAUACCUCCCAACCGUCCCGUAUCUGGAACCUAGUCCUACCUACCCAGGAUAUUUUGCUGGCAUAUGGCUUCUAUAUUAUUAUUAUUAUUGUUAUUAUAAUUAUUAUAUUUAUAUAGCGCCAACAACUUCCGUAGUGCUUUACAAUGGGAUAUUCUAUAUGUGUGUAAAGAAUCCUAAUAUUUCCUGUGCUAAUUCGGUACAUCUGUGUGAUAUAUAGUUGAUUUCCUUGAGGUGUGUCCGUACUAUAUGGAGAUUUAUAGAUAUGAUUUUAAGCAUCUGUUUACAGUUAUAAAAAAUAUAAAAUAAACAGAACAUUCCCUGGCACCCUAUGCCCAGAUUGAAAUGCCAUAAUUGAAGUAUUAUUUUUUCAUCUUCUGUCCAAAUAUUUGUACUCUGUGAACAUGGAUUAGUUAUGCUGUAUAAGAGUUUAAAUACUCCGUAGUUUAGGAGGGUUUGGCUGUGCUGAAUUUUCACAGCGUUUUCGGGCUUCCAGGUCCACAUUGCUUACGGUCUACAGUCUCUGAUUGCAUUGUUUAAUCAUGCUUAAUUUGGAAAAGGAGGGUGGAAUUAGGAAGUUAGGGAUUUCAGUUUAAAAAAAAAAAUGGUUUAAGUGUAAAAAUGGUGAAUGUAAAGUGAGGGUAACUUUAAAGGGACAGUACGAAAACCACUUCAGCUUAAUGUAGCCAAAGAGACUGUCCCUGCAGUCUUCAGAGAAAACAUUGCUUACUAAUGCUGUCGGUAGUGACUGUUAUUCAGACACUGGCUAGAGGUUUGUUUUUUUGUUGUUGCCGUCCUGCAAUUUCUGCAGGACAGACGAUGAUGGAGACCCGAAAUGCUCCCCAUAGAGAUGCAUCAGUUGCUAAUUGACUCAGCAUGCAGGGAUUGCUGCGCAUGAGCACUAGGUUCCCGGAGUGUUGCAAUGUUUGAGAUCCUCUGUGUUGAUGAUAUCAGAUAAUGGAGGAGUGGCCAAGAACAAAGCGCCUGGGGACUAAAGGUAAGUAAUAAAGGUUUAUUUCAAUAUUUUGGUCAAUGGAGAGGGGGGAAGGGGGGAGGAAGGAGGGGCUGACCCCUACAUUAUUAUAACAUUUGGAAUACAUGUUUGCAUUCCUAAUGUUAGAUUGUUCCUGUAACAGAGUUAUUUACUAAAGUGAGAAUUCAAAAUGAAUUUCACAUUUAAGGCCAGAGUAGCCGAACUGAAAGCAGAUAGCUGCUGUAAAAUAUCUUUCCAGUUCGCUAUUUUGACCUUAAAUUUUAUGUUCACUUUGAAGUCGCCUUGAAUUCUAACUUUAGUGAAAAACCCUGUAUGUCUCCACAAUGCAUGUAACAGGAUUAAACAAUUAUCAAUUUCCCCUGUGAAUGCACAUCUUUUCAUACCUAAAAUAGAAAAUUUAAAACAAUAUGACUUUCUUCACCCAAAUUGUUUCAUAAAUUUCACUUUUCGUCAUGUGAAAUAGUCAGUGUUAUAUACAACAUGCCGACCAUAAGACAGCAUGAUACAACCCCGCUCCAUUGCCGGAGAUUCUUCUCAUUGUGAGUAAUAGAAUAGAAUCACAAAUGAUGAAUUAAAAAAUGCUCAACACCAGACAUAGUAAACUACGAUCACAUUACAAUUUAACAUUUCAGCUUUAACGGUAACGGAACAUAAAUGAUGACCUCCUUGUUACAGUAUAAAGCUCCAGUAUAUUUAUUAGGUCACAUAAAGCAUAUUGGAUUAUAAAUGUAAUCUUGGAAUGAAAAUAAAGUUCCAGAUGAACUACAGAUUACAUUUUCAAUGUAGAAACAAAUAUUGCUUUGCCUGCAAUCACUUUUUUUGCAGAUCUUUUUUAUUAUUGUCCCCUACGGGAAAACUCAAGGUACAAAGUGAGCCUCAUUUUUCAUGGAAUAUAGGGGUCUUAUGGACCUCCAUAGGAUUUUUAUUUAUUAGUUAAUGUAUUUUUUAAGCUAUUUAGGAAGCGCAAUGGUUAAGCCUUCUACAAAUAGUUAAGAUUUUGAAACAAGUUCGAGUCCAGAUUUGAAGCCUCCGUGCCUAGGUUUUUCAGAAUUCGGUCCAGAUUUUAGAUGUCUGGCAGUGUUCAGUGUGGCUGAAAUUCAGUCCAAAUUCACAUCAGUUUGGGACCUGAAUGGCAAAAUCUGGACAUUGUUAAAUAGUGUGAACAAUGUCUGAAUUUUUAAGUUUGAAUGACCUUGUAUGCAGCUGAAUGGUUUUGCCUCAUUUCUCGAAAACUGCAGAGUUUUAUAUUGCAGGGCUAAGGGGGACAGGACCCUCAUCAAUGAGAUGAAGUGGUCUGGGUGCCUAUAUUGUCCCUUUAAAGCAGACUCCAAACAUGUCGGUUACUCCUGGCUCACUAUUAACUCUGAGCACACAGGGAACACAGGGUUAAAGCAGCAGGAUACUGAUAGGCUCCUCAUUACCUUUACCUCUGGCAAUCUAAAUCAUCUUCAGUGGUAAUAUGGAGCCAAGAAGUAGCUGACAUGUUUAAUAGAAGCAACAAUUAUUACAGAUUAAAACAGAUUGCAAUUAGAAUUAGCCAUCUUCAGAGUCACAGUCCUAGUCCUGCCAUCAUAAUUGUCUCAGGUUUAGAACUGUAGAGUGACUGAGCACUUUAAAAUAGAUGGUGGGUAUGUGCAGUAGGGGUUAUUAAAAUGAUUAAUGACAGGCAACACAGUGCUCUGUGUUAGAAAUAUCCCCCUCCCAUGGUCACCCCUGGCUUUAUAUGUUAAUUACAUUUUUAAUUAUAUUUUUUAAUUAUAUUUUUCAGUGCAUUCCCUUGCUUAAUCAUCCCUCAGGCAGUCACUGGGGCUGUUAGAGGAGAGAAAAAAAUAAUAUUAUACACUUAAACUUGGCAUAGGCCAGGAUGUGCUGCUGCUGGAAUGGUCCUGUAGAACUGAAACCCAUUACAGAAUUAAAGAGACACACAUUUUUAGCCAUACUUUUCCCUCCUGAAAAAUAAUCUUAGUGUUUCCAAGCUACUGCAAAUAUAUGUUUUUAACUCAUAAAAACUGGUGAGGCACUGUCCAAAGUGCCUCUAUGGACGAGCCUCCACUCCGCCAAUUAUUAUUAAGUAAGCAUAGCCUGAAUCAUGCAGAAUCAUCAACAAUAGGGCAAAUAAAUACCAGCUGCCCUGCAUGAGGUCCAUGAGGUCUAACAUGGAAUUUCUAACCCUCCGGUCAGAUUUGUUAGCCGCAGCAGAAGCCAGGCAGCAGAUAUUAUUACCAGACAUCCUACUCUGAUAAAAUGUUUGUGAGCAUUACCAGUAUGUAAAUAUAUGAACGCAUACCAGAAUGUACUUGUGAACGCUUACCAGAAUGUGCAUGUGUGAGUGCUUACUAGAGUGUCCAUACGUGGGCACUCACUUUAAUGUACAUGUGUGAGCACUCACCAUAGUGCGCAUAUACAAAAGUAUUAAGGGUUGGUGUGCAGUACAUAUAGUUAGAGCAGGGCUCCCAACAGUGACUCUUUUAGUGGAACAGUCCCGAUUUUGGGGUCAGGUUUUGCUGUCCUAAAUUAGUUCCCUAUUGUCCUGCAUUUCGGACUGUCUUCGGACAACACAGAGAGAGCUCAUCAUUAGAAGCGCUUGGGCUGUACAAAAUACACUAAGACUAUGUAGAGAGCACUUCAGCAGCAUGGUACCGUAAGUAAGGGGCUGCCCUGGAGCCUGUCUGUCAACCUGUCUGUCUUGCAUCUCAAUACUGGGUUACAUUGUUUGACAAUGCUGUGCACAUGUCAAGGCUGGUUGACUACCUAAUACAAAUGCAGAUUAUCACCAGGAGUCAACAACAACAACAAAAAAAAGAAUAAAACACAACUAUAAAUAUCACUUUUCUCUAUUCAUUUUUUUUAUUAUUAUUUAUUUUUAAUUUAGAUAAUGUAGAUUAGGCUAUAUGCAUGACACACUGCUUCCCUACAUGACUAAAAACCUAGGGCAGACAGCUGGGUGUCUCAUGCCCCAGGGAACAACUAUAAGUCUGUAUUACAGAAUUUACUGUGCAUGUGUGGUCUCAUUGAGCACCAGUUCCAUUUUAUGGCAGGCUUGUCGAGUGGAUAUUCAUGUAAGCUCUCACAGGAUAUCUGUCAGAUGGAUGGCACAGAUGCCUAGAGAGGUGGAAGACCUACAGACUAGACUGCAAGCAGCAGCUCGAUAAACAAAAAGAUUUCUCAAGAGACAGUGUCGUGCUACUUACUUCUGCAUGAAAUCUGUCCGUGUCAUCAUUAAAGGGACGGUACACUAAAAAUAAAAUGGUGUACUUGUAUUGUAUUUAUAAAUAAAAGUAAUCAUUUAUUUAGAAAUCAGCAAUAAGUUACACAGCAUCUCAUGCAGUAAAAGGGUGUUAACACAUUUACAAUGAUUCUGUCACUAGUGUUUUUGUGCAGUUCACAAACAAAUGUAAUCAUGUAAUAAAAAAAAAAAUAUAUGUAUUCUUAAAAAUACACUGCUACAGUACCAUAACUCCUAACACUUCAAACGGACAAUGAGGAACACUUUAAAUUUAGGAGUGUAAGUCGGUGUGAGCGAGUGUAAGUGUGGUCAGGGGCGGGGCUGUUCUAAGAAAUUUUAGGUGACUUAUUAGUAACAAUUAAUGCAACUAAAAUAUAACUUUUUUUUACACAGACUGAUUUCUAAACACGUUUAUUGUAAUUAAAGAACAUAUUACCGUAAGUAUAAUUGCGGUAAAGCUCUGGUAUACACUCAGACAGACCAAAACAAUAUGGAGCUCUGAGAAAAAAUGGACAUUUAUACAGAAAAGUGGGGGAUUUGGGCCUAAAAUAGGGACUGUCCAUCCUAGAUAGGGACACUUGGGAAGUAUGUUGUACAGUAUGGAAGACAUCUGAUGACUGCAAAAUCUUGCCAGUGGAAAUGAUGGUUGAGUUUCAGAGCUUCAUAUUAUAAAAUAAAAUUAGUCCCUGUACAAGUAAUAGGGAGUUUUAAUUGUAUGAACAAAAUAAAUAAAUAAAUAAUUCAAGAAUAAAUAAUUGAAACACGCUUACCCUAUAUAUUGCUUGCAGGUCAGUGCUCCAAACCAGCAAUAGUACUUUUAUUUAAAAAUAAAGGGAUUUAGCAGUCAAAUCCACUUACAGCAAGCAACAAUAGUUUUAAAACAUAAACUUUAUUAAAACUCAUUAAAGGAACACUCCGAGCACCAUAAUAACUGCGCCCAUCCACGUGUCCCCUCUUUCUCCUCUGUCCUUGGCUUCAAAGGGGAAGCAUCAGACUAGGUGCCUGUGAUAUGACCAAGAAACAGGGGUGUGGAAAUGGACUAAAUCAAACAUAUAAUAUGUAUCUGGGUGCAGCCAGGCCAGUCCCAGUACCAAGAACCAGAUAAUUGAUGAGGCAAAAAUAGAAAAAGGUCCAGGCACUCCAGAAUACAAAAAAAAGUUAAUUUAUUGAACCCACCGCCACUCACAACGUUUCAACCUGGCUUGACAAAAACCGUUCAGGUCGAAACGUUGUGAGUGGUGGUGGGUUCAAUAAAUUUGCCUUUUUUUUAUUCUGGAGGGCCUGGAACUUUUUCUAUUUUUGCCUCUAUUAGGUGCCUGUGAUAGGCUUAGAAGUCAGCCCAUCACUGGCUUCAAAUUGAGAAAAAUGCACAAACAAAAUAUCUAUGGAUAAGAAAGGUGUUUACUUAUAAGACUCUGCUGUCUAUAGAACCCCCUUAAGAAAAUCCAAGGAUAUUAGUAGAACACACUAUCUGUCAUUAAUGGGUUAAUGAAAAGUAUUUUUUUCUGGACAGGUGUACUUUAAUUUUAUAUGAAAAAAUUAUUGUAUUCAUUUAUUUUUUAUUAUUGGAUUUAAGUGCAUUUUAGAUAUUUUAAAAAUAAAAUUACAAUAUCAAGUCUUGUUUUAGGCUAUGACACAUUAAUGCUGAUUUUAGUGGGCUAUUUAAUUACAGUGAGUGCACUGGAUAUGAAACAUAAGGGCUGAACAUUGGAUGGGAAGUAAUCUUUGAGCAGGUGGUGCAGGACGAAGCAAAACAGUAGCAGAGAUUUAUUUUACUUGUGCAAUUAUUAAAUUUGCUGGCAUUUUUAAAUAUUAUUUUAGCAAAGAAAAAAAAAAAAACAACAAAUUUUAUCAUGAUCUCCAAAUGUUCCGUAUUGUUUUUAUUGGUUCACUAGCAAGAUAAUUUAUAUCUCUCUUUACAUAUUUCCUUGUUAGAAGUUAGUUUCCUUCCUGAGCCAUCUCUGUAGGUCACACGAACAGCAGAGUUUAAUGAAGCCAUUAUACGUCUUUCCCGGCGCUAAGGGAGUAUGCUGUACCAGCAAUAGGAAAAUCCAGCCCGUUGUUUAUUUAUCCUGAUUUAUUCAUCCUAAUCAAAUGAAAACUGAACUUUUUAACAUCAAUUAAAGUUGCUGCACUUUUUAGUUGUGCAUAUUGUUUGAAAUAUAUGUUUGACACUAGUCACAGCUGUAUUUAGAACUUUCAUCUUCAUACAGGGGCCUUUCAUGUUUUUAUAGUCGUGCUGUCAACCUACUGACAUUGUAUGUGUAAAUUCUAUAAUAUUUUUUUCAAUAUCCCUAGUCACUAUUAUAUCAGGGAACUCUGACUUUGACCCAAUCAAACCUCUCUUCUCCAGGGAGGGGAAAUGGUGUUAAGCUUCCGUACAAAUUCUACUCUCUCUUGCCUUGGUCAUCUCCCUUGAAUUCAAUUCUCUUCUGGAAAAGAGGUCUACAGGGAACUGACAUAUAUUUUCCUGGGUCUGCUCGUUACUUUAGAAAGAAUAAAUGGAAUUUUUGGUGUCUACAGGAAAGUGUAAGAUGGAAUAGCUUUUGAAGGACAUAUAAAGUCACCCAGACCACCAUGUAAAUGAAGUGUUUUGGGCGCAGUGCCUCUGUCCUUUUAACCCUGUUUUUUUUAGAAACUACAAUAUUGACAUUACAGAGUAAAAUCUACCUCUAGUGGCUGUCACACAGCCAUCUUUUAGAGGUGCUUCUGCAGCACUGAAAGGGUAAAACUCUGUGAUGUGGCAUAAAAAUGCAUAGGAAAGUACUAAAUACAAUGCUCUCCAUGCAUGCGUAUCAGGUCCCAGUGCUUCUCUAUGAGGAGCUUUAGAUUGCCUGUGAUAGGCUUACAAGUCAUAUAUAACAAUGGAGGAGGCCAUGCCUCCUCGAUGACAUCACAGCAGGCAGAGCAGUGAGUAACUCCAAGAAAGUCUUGGAGCUGGAAAGACGUGCGUAAAACAUUUAUUUUAUUAUUUUAUGGCGAAUGGUUGGGUGAGGAGCCACUAUAAACUAGAUAGGGACACCAUACCAUUAGGAAUACAGGUUUGUAUUCCUAAUGCUCUAGUGUUCUUUAAAGUUGUGUUUUUCUUGACUGCUUGUGUAGGCUGUUUUCUGGCAUGCACUAUUCAAGAAUACUCCUAUAGGCUUAUAGAACAUAUCAAUUUGAUAUGUAUUUGUCCUUCCUACACACACAAUCUCCUUUGUUUAACACAUGCUAUGAUGCUGAUGGCUAGACCUGUCGUAGGAGACAGAUACAAACUUUUACUGUAGGAUAUUUUAAAGAGACAUGAAUGGCAGGAACAGUUUCCUUGCUCCAAUUUGUGGCUUUCUUUGACAAGUGUGUGUAUAUAUAUAUAUAAAAAGAUGUGUAAAGUGAAGGCAGUAGUAGUCCCAGUUGUUAUAGGAGCACUCGGGGCUGUGACUCCCAAGUUGGGGGAGUGGCUUCAACAGAUUCCAGGUGGGACAUCUGAGAUCGCUGUCCAGAAGAGUGCUGUACUAGGAACAGCUAUGAUACUGCGCAGAACCCUCAAACUCCCAGGCCUCUGGUAUAGGACCCGAGAAUGAGGAAUAAAACAUACCACCCGGGGGGGGUGAGAAAAUCAUAAAUAUGUAUAUAUACCAGGGCUUGAUAAAUUUGCUUUGAAUCUAGGAGCCAGCUAAAAUAGUUAGGACACUAUAGUCACCAGGACCACUACAGCUUAAUGUACUUGUUCUGGUGUCUAUAGCCUGUCCCUGCACUGCCUUUUCAGAGACUGACAUCAUAUUCCAGCCCUGGCAUCACUAAGCGGUGUGCGAGGCAGCAGAGCAAGAAGAUCACAGCUCUGUCACCACCUGCCUACAGUUCGCACCACCGGCCGCCAGCCUCGGAGGAAACAGGUUGAAAAAUCACAGAUGCCAGUACAAAACUCCUAGUCACCAUGGCGACCUGGCGCCUGGGAUUCGCAAAACCCUGGUAUAUACACAGUGACAAAACUAACUUAGUGAGUUGAAGUUAAUGGCAGGAAUACAAUAGUAAGUCAAGGUAAUAUUCAUCGUAUAUCAAUAUGAUAUUAAAUAAUUCAGUGCACUGCAUGAGUUUCUUUUAAAUAUCGAUCGCAUCAUAUAACAGUUUAAUGCCAAAGUACCUUUAAAUUCCAGAGGUUCUUGAAAUCUCCUUUGGUUGUGACAUGUAUAAGAAAAAAGCCUGCGCAAAAGGGUAAUUUCCUCAAGAAUGUCAAGACCAAUAUUCCAUCAACAUUCCAACACUUUCUUGUGUCUUGUCUUUGGGUAAAAAAAGCACAGGAUUUCCUUUUCAAAGGCAAGAAUGCAAAAUCUAUAAACACGGAAACAUAAUGUGAAAAGCUAUUUCUGAUUCUAGAUUAUUUUAUUUUUGGUUCAACAAAAUCAUCCCUAAUAUCACCAGUUUUAGGAAAUUAAGGUCAUAAGAAUGCAUUAUAAUAAAUGUUUACCAUAUUUGUAUUAAAGUGCAGAACACAAUUAAAUACAUUGUGUUAUAUAUAUAUAUAUAUUAUAUAAAGUAUUGAUCAAUAUCCUAAGUCUUGUUUCUGUAUAAUAUUAUUUUCAUUUACUUAUUUUAAAUUUCUUAGGGGGCCUUGGGACUUUCGCCAUUUGCAAGUAAACUGUGAAAAUUCUUAUAUGCGCAAAAGCAUAAAAAAAGUAAAAAUGCAAACAAGAAAUAUAUAAAAGUGGCCAAAGCUUAAAGAGUCCCACAUUCGAAUUAACCUGUGUAUAUACGACUGGGUGCAUCCAAAGUCUCUACAUCUCUCAGUGAGUUUAAAGGGUUACUUCAAACAUCAUAACCAUGACAUCCCUUGGAGUACCCUGUCACUACUCCCUAAUAAGGGAGCAAACCAUUAGGAAAUAGUUUGCCUCUUCUAUAUAUAAGGUAUGUAUUUAUAUAUUUGCUGUUCAGAUCUUUAUAGUGGGGGAAUGGUCACCAAUAUUAGCGCCUAUCCAUAUGAUUUACCAAUUACCUGAACAACCCCGAAUACAUUGGGGGGCUUAAUGUGUACCUGGUGUUUCUUUUGUAAUAUUUAUGUAUUACUAUUUUUAAUUUAUUUGACUUUUUUGGGGAGUGAGGGAAAGGAGCAAAACAUUGUGAAUGUCCUACCGAAAAUUGGACUCUUUGGAGGUAUGCAGUAUAGCUCGUAAAGCACUACUCAGACUGUUUUUUGACAAGUACAAUGUAAGCACUGUAUAUUGUCCAUUUGAGAAUUGACUUUGUACAAUAGUUAUUGUCUAAUUCCCGUAAUGCACUGACAUAUUGUUCUCAGUUGUAGACAUAUAUUUUUUUCAGACUUGGAUAUGUUAUGGCCAUCAUUUUGUUUGCUGCUGGGGUGUUGAGAUUAAGAAGAAUCAUCUUUCUAUCCUACAGAGGGGUGCUGGUGAAAUGACAAUAUAACCGUUUUGUUUAUUAAUUUAUGUACAGGUUAUACUUUUGUUUAAUCUGCUCUGAUGAGAUUUUAUAUACCUCCUGAACAUGGUGUAUUUUUGUCUUAAGAGGAGGCGGUUCCAUAGCGGUAUUGGCUUUGAGUCUAUGGUUGACUGGCAAACCCUGCCAAUCCCAGUGCUGCAUUUGUGUGGAGUACUGGUGUAGCCAUCUUGUAUGGGAAAAAUGCAAGAUAGAUAGUGCAAAGAUGUUUUUUGGUGACUUGUCCCUGGUAUCUCCAGAAGCAAGACAUUAUUGUAACAGGACCAGAACAGGCGACCAAAAGUCUUAAGUCCCACAUGAUUUUGGACUGUUUAGAACAUGAGAUCACUGCUUUGUGCCACAUAUUGUACCAUAUUCAUCUCUACUGUGUUUGAUUACACCAGGGAGUACCUGACUUUUGUGGCUUAAGUUUGUAGGUUGAAUAAAUAUCUACUUGACUUUAGUUUACUGUGCUUCAGUAGGCCUCCUUGCCUCUGACAGAGCGUGAUAGCCAACUUUGCUAUUUCCUCUUUCCUUUCAGGAUUUUGGGAUUUGUCCUAGAGGUAGGAGUUUCAAAAUGGCACUUACUAAAGAGUGAAUACCUCUAUACAAUCACUACGAUUUUCCUACAGCACAACUUAUCCGGGGUUAGCUGGCUAAGUAUUUUUGGCAAACAGUCUUCCAUCAUAACUACAUAAAACAAAAUCUAACAAAAUAACUGACUUUAAGCAUUCAUGUGCAGAACAUUUAAAUUCCCCUUCAGUUUUGUUGAUAAACAUUUUUUUUUUUUUUGCAUUUUUACACUAUCAUCAUACUCUUUGAUGUCUAAAUGGACUGAAUAAAUUUUGGGCUACGGUUGCAAUCGCCCGUAGAUACUCACAUAUUUUUUAAAGGCCAUGCUGUGUGAUCUGCACCUGUUACUCAUAGAGACACUAUUUGAUCUGACAAAUACAAAUUAGUUAUAGGCUUAGCUCUGCAAUGAUGAUCACUAAACAUGAAUUAUAAAAGAGACUAUUUUGGCCUGCAGCGGGAAUAUGUAACUGUGUACACAUACUGAAGCAACGUAAUAAAGCAUUGAGAUUUCCUGCCAGUAGAUAACCAAAUAAAGAUCCUGCCUUCCUUCAGGUCAAUUGUGGCUUAUGUUUUUCGACAGACCUUACAUGAGUCUUUUUACAGGAAAUAUUAGGCUUAGUUACUUAGACGUCUCUGAUCUGAAAUAAAGUGAUGAGUUUUAAUACUCUACUAAGGAUAUUGCUCAUCGUUUUCUGGUAUGACAUCACAACUCUAGUAAUUGCAGGAUAUUGAUUUGCAUUAAAGGGUUAAUCCAAGCACCAUGACCACUUCAGUGCCUACAAUGUGUAUGUGCAUCAUUUCCUAAUGAAAUGCUGCACAUAUGAAGAUUAACCCCUCUGCUGCCAAUGGUGUAACCCCAUCUCUGACAAUUCUGUGCAAAUUUGUAAUGCAUACCAUUCCAUUCCCACCAUUUCCUCCCCUCAGCUCACCCUCCCUGAUCUUCCUAUCCCUCCAAGAGGGGGAGUGAUAUCAGCCAAGCUGUGAAGUGUUAGUUUAACCACACCUAAUGUUAAAACACAAUUUUUGCUUAGAGUAACCCUUUCUAAGAAUUUUUGGUAAUAUCUACCAACAUUUGAAAUAUCCAAAAAGGAUACUUGUUGUGUCUUGUGGCUGGAGGUGUUACCAGCAGCAGGCAUAUACGGAACAAGGGGCUGCUUUAUCUCUAAUGCAGAGAGAGCCAGCCUGUAUUUCGUACCUGUUCUGCCCUUCUGGGUGGGACCAGUCUGAUAUGUUUCAGAGAUGUUCUCUCUGUAAUGGCACAAGUUGAGAUAAAACCAGCUGGAGAACUGAGCGGGGACCUACCGAAGGGGGGGCUAAUUGAGCUGUUGUUCGUUCUCAGCACUCUCUUGACACUUUUUUUUUGCCCAUUUUAGGAAACUUCAUAAAUUAUUAAAAGCCAUUUAUGUAACUGUAAAGGCAAUUUAGACAAAGACUACGUUCAGUGUAUGGAUGUGGAGCAUACCAUGCUUUACUGUGAAUUUUAAAGUUGUGGAGCUCUGUGGUACAAUCCUACACACCAUUGCUAUGAAACUCUUAUUACAUACUCAUGCACAUCGAAUAUUAAAGUGAUUUUUAUUGCUGUGCAGCUCUGUGAUACACUCAUGCACACCACACAUUGCUGUGAGUUUUAUUGCUGCGAAGCUCUAUUGUACACUCUUACACACCAAACUUGUAAUAACGUCACACAUUACGUGAGUUUUAUUGCUAUUGAGCUCUGUUGUUUACAAAAAUGGUUACUCCAUGCACCAUGACCACUACAGUGUUUGGAAGUGUUCAUGGUGCUUGAAAUCUGUACGUGCAGUAUUUUAGUUUGAAAUGUUGUACAUACUGAAAUAUUUAAUGUUCCUGCUAGAGGUUAAAGUGGGCUGUAGUGGAUAUAAAAAGAGAUUGAAAGUGGUGGCUAACCAACCCAAAUGCUCUCACUUUGUUCUUGCGCCUAAACAGAGUUUCUGCAUUGUCAGUGAGGCUGAAGAAUGGGGCAGGUUAAAAGUGAAAGGAAGGGCUAUCUUCUUAGUCAAAAUACUUUGACUAAAUACUGAGGGACACCAACCAGGGGUUUACAGCACCAUCACUGCUGCCUUCAAUGCUCUGUAGUGGUUAUAGUAUGUGUAGUGCCUCUUUAGGUGCAAAGUAAAACUCCUUCCCUAUUGAUAGUAAAAAAAAUCUAAAAGUUAGUGGUGGAAUUAAAUGUAAUAUUUUUAGACAUUUUUGUAUACCACUAGGGAUGUGUAAAGAGAGGAAUGCCAAGGAGAAACGGCAAAAAGAAAUAGACUGCUGUGUAAAUGAACUGUGAUUUAAUUUCAACGGCAAUCUUUUAAGACCUUUUUAUGCUCAUCGGACACAUUGAAGUGGAUAGCAUGCAAUAUUAAUACAUUGUGCCGUGUUGUUUCAUUGACAUUAUGCUCUAGUCGUCACAAAUUAUGUAACAUGAUAACAGAGUUAUUAAAGGGAAACUGUAUGGGGCAAGAAUACAAGAAUGUUUAUGUGAAAUUUGUACCUCUCUAGAAAGGGGCAUAGAUGCAAAAUGGACCAAGUUGGUAAUCUGCUCAUAUCAUCCGAAUGCUGCCUUCUGUUUCUGUUUGAUGAUGAAGAGAAAUCAUAUUUUAAGCUAUUUGGAGUGUGCUUGCAUUGCUCAUAGUUUAAGCCGUGGUAUGCCACUCUUUCGUGCAAUAAUCUGUGUUAGCUUGAAGAGUUUCAUUUACUUUUUAUAAUCCUUUCUGUACACAGAAUAUCAUCUCUGUUGGACGCAGAUGUUGUUUUCUUUCUUUCUUUUUCUUUUUUUUCUUUUUUUGGUAGACAUGUUUAAAAUACUAAAGAAUGACAGAUCAGAGCUAUGCUGAUCCAGAGUCAUUAAAGACAAAGUACAUAUUUAAUGCUAAGAGCAAAUAUAGUUUAAGUCUUUUUGCAUACUUGAAGGCAAUUAAAGUUAUUAUUUUCCAUUCAGUGCUUCCUCACUGGGAAACCAAAAACAAGAGAAGAAGAAAUUAUGUAAAGAUGAUCUGCUUAAAGUUAAAUAAACUGAUCUGAAAUAAGAAACAACAGCAUAGUAUUCAUCUUGGUUAUGUGAUAAUCUAAAACAGGGAUCUCAGACUCUGGAUCAGCAGACAUUGAUGGCCUAGAAUUCCCAGAAUUCUGUAAAUGGAAUAGAUAGAAAAAGUAUCACGAGAGUUGUAGUCCAGUAAGGUGAUUUAUUGUGAGUUUGAGAUGCCUUACAGCGUUAUUAUUCACUAUAUUGAGAAUUCACAUUGAAUUCAAACUUAAAGGGACACUAUAGACAUCAAAACAGCUCUAUGAAAAAAGGUUUCAUUCAGUCUGCAUGAAAAAAUGUUUCAUUUUUAAUCAGAUGUUGUGUCUCCUGCUCUGUAUAUUGAACUUUAAUCACAGACAGGAGACUCAUGCAAUAUCUAGAGGGCUAUUAACAGAGGAGAAGAUAAGAAAUUAUAAAUUAAGCAGACUGUGCAAUAAAGGACGUUUAAACAUGAUCUCUCUUUACAGGAAGAGUUUAGGAAGGCUAUACAAGUCACAUGCACAACCAAAAGUCCAUAUAUCCAACCAAAAGUCCAGAAUUUCAUCCUAACACGAAUGGACAAACUGCUCUCAUUCUGUUAGGAUGAAAAUUGGAAGUAUUGCCGCAGUUCUGUCUAAAUAACAGGAUGUUCAGGAAUAUGGAAAGGAGGCAUCGCGAGAACAAGGAGGAAAAGUGAGAAUUGUGGGAAAAUUUCUCUUACCACAGGAAACGGAGCACACGUUAAAGGAUCACUAUAGGGUCAGGAAUACAUGUUUGUGUUCCUGACCCUAUAGUGAUCCUUUUAAUGUGUGCUCCGUUUCCUGUGGUAAGAGAAAUUUUCCCACAAUUCUCACUUUUCCUCCUUGUUCUCGCGAAACCCACUAUUUAGGUGGCUUGCUCCCCCUCACCCCCCUAUAAAAGUCUAAAACUCACCUUAUUUCCAGCGCCGCAUGAGUCCAAGUCCGAAUAAAUGCAUCUCCAUGAGGAAAAUUUAGUGUCUCCAUGCAGAGCAUGGGGAUGCUGAACAUCAGGGCUGCUUACUGUGCAGCCCUGAGCCAGGAAGCCUCUCCAGUGGCCAUCUAAGGAGUGACCACUUGGAGGUGUCCCUACAGGCAAUGUAAACAAUGCCUUUUCUCUAAAACGGCAGUGUUUACAUGAAAAUGCCUGAAGGGAGCUAUUAAUCUGUAGUUGUACUGGUGACUAUAGUGUCCCUUUAAAGAAAGGUAAGUUUGGCAUGACAGUGCCGCUUUAACACAUAAGAUAUAAAUAGGAACUGUCAGAUUUUUGUAGUCAUCCAAGUAAGCAGUAUUGGGGUAUAUGAUUUUUUAAAGAAUAAGCAGAUGUACAUCCUCCUCUGUUAUUAUUUAUGGUGCUGUCAUUGUCACCUUGGCAUUGCUACUGUGUAUUCAAAAUAAUGGAGUAUGAAAGACCCCAUGAGGUGGCUGAUGGUAAUGUGAUUCUCCAUAUGCGUAGAUCGUAAGGUCGUUUGAGCAGGGCCUUUCACACCACUUUCUCUAAUUGUGAACUGCUGCGGAAUAUGUAUUUUUAAAUAUAGUAUAUAUAAAUACUAGUGCUACUAACUACUAAUAUGCAUAGUGAUGCCAUAGGUAUCUGUUACACACUAAGUAAAAAAGGUGUCAAAAGUGUCUGCUAUUUAUGCGUAUUCUGCCUUGUUUUGUCAUACCUAAAGUUAAACCUACACAAAUAAUUCUUUUUCCUACUUAUAACAUAGGAAAGUGUUGGGAGGCUAUUACCUAUGACUAAUUAGCAUCUCUUCAUAGAGUUAAACAAUUUUGGUUUCUGUUUAUGCAGCCCUAGCUACACCUCCUCUGAUUGUGACUCACAUAGCCUCUAUGAAAAAUUGAUCAUUUUCAAACUGAUGUUACAACACAUUGUGUUUACUGUAGAACAUUUUAUCUCCUCUCCUGUUAAUUGAACUUUUCCUUCACUAUCCUCUUCAGACUCAUCCAGUUUUCAUGUUUCUUUCCCAUAUGCCAUGUUCAAAAUUCCCCCACGUUUCUCUUCACAACUCCCAUUUUACAAUGACACUGCUUCCCCAAGCAGCCUAUCUGGAAGUUGUCUGCUUUCUGUACCAUGCUACAGCUCACCUGCUCACCAUUCAUACGGGCGGCUCUGUGAGAGAGCAAAGCACGUGAACUCACCUCCAGUCCCCACCUCUCAUCCUUCACACACAGCGCCAAGCUAUAAAGUUGAAAACGAGACCUGUCACCAGGUCUCACAUAAUGGGGACCUGCCAUUGCUGCGUUUUCAUUGGCCGACUAUGAUGAUGCAAUUUCCUUUGACUGUAGGUGAGCAUGCUUAGUUGUUGCUAUGCAUAAUUUUGAACGCUGACUGCUCCUGGCCAGUUGUCUUGCACCCCUACCAUAUUUGUUUUUUUAUAUGGUCCACAUAUAACAUUGUACCAAAAUUUCCAUAUUUGUUCCAGACUUGCUUAAUAUGGCUCAAAAUCAGUCCUCGAUCACCUUAGUAAUCCCUUUGAUGGGAGCUUAUGUUUCUUGUGAUAAUCAAAUAGCUGGCUGAGCAUCAUGGGAAAUGUAAAAGCUAGAAUGGCAAAGGUUUGCAUUAAUUCCUUAAAUUAUGUUGUCAAAGGAAGAGUUAAAACACAGUUUACUUGCAACUACAGCACAGGCAACUAUUUCCCUACUGGCUUUCAUUGAAAUUCAGAUACAUUGUGCCAAGAAGGAUGAAAGAUUUUAAGGAUUCUUUGUGAAGAGCAAGCCAUUCCACAGGUAACUAACAGGACAUCAUUAUUUUCACACAUGAACUCCAACAAGGGCUCCUGUGUGCUUGAAACUAAAGCCCUUGAGUAAAGUUACUGAUGCAAGGUAGAGAAACGGAAAGGCCUCUUCAAUCCCCUUUCAGUUUUCUGUCCAGAGGAUGGCUACAUUUUCACAGAUCUCUUCAAUUUAUUUGUCUACUUUUGAAACAUUAAACUUUUAAUGUGUUUUUUUUGUUUUUGUUUUCAAGGCAAGAAAAUGGAACUCCACAUUUUUAUUGUGUUCGCAUCUCCCUCAUCUUAGACGUCAUUCUUUUAAAAAAAAAAAAUGUUCACCAUUAGCACAUCAUGUAGAAUGCAUACAAAUAGGUAAAAUGCAAAUCUUGGCUAACUUAGAGAGUUUAUCCGCCCUUGUGCAUUUAAACCUGGCAAACACUUCUUUAUAAGGACAAAGGCGUCUUACAUUGUUAAAUCCUGUAUUUCCAGUUAAAAGGUUGCUGAUACUUAUGUAAUAAAAGUUAAACAGAUGCUGAUAUUUAUAUAAUAAAAUACAUUUUGGAAUAUCCUUCUCUUCACUUAAAUUAAGAAUGAACUAUGAUAUCUAGAGUUUAAAGUAGAUCACCAUCAUUGUGGAACUAGAUAAUGCUCCAGGAUUGUAACAAAAGCCAUCAUUUAGCCAGUUUUAGUGUUGCAUGGUUCCCAUGAUCAUGCUUCUAUCUUUAUGUAUUGGUUCGAGUUAAAGGAAUACUGUAGUGUUGGGAAUACAAUUGCUUCUCUCCUCUCUGUAGGUUCCCGCCUCUUGGCUGAGAUUAUCAAUCUUGAUGAUCUCAGCCAAUCCAUUGAUUCUCCAUCGUAAAGAAGUGGGGGGGCGGAGGGGGAGGAGGGAGCUAGUGUGCCUGCACAUCAAAUUGUUGCGCUGUACCUAUCGAAUGCUGCUCUAUAAGUUUGACUCAGUUCUCAAUGUGGAAGCACCUCUUGUGGCUGUGUGGAAGACCGUUCUAUAGGUAUUUUUGACCCAGGAAUUUAAAUAAUGCAGUUCUACAAAUUUGCGGUUCUAUAUUACAGAGUUAAAGCUAUAUUUUUUGUAUAGUCAAUGUGUCUGUGUACGUGCGUCUUUGUGCGCUUUUGUGUGUGUCAAUCUGUGAAUGUGUGUUUCUGUAUCAGUACAUGACUGCGUGUGUUUGUGUGCACAUGUGUAUACUUCAGUGUGCCUGUGUGUGUAUGUCUAUGCCUGUGUAUGCUUGUGUGUUUGUGCAAUUAUGGCUUUAUGUGAGUGUUGUGUCUCUAUGUAGUUAACAUAGUGUGUACCUAUCUAUGUAUGUACGAGUGUGUGUCUUUAUGUAUGCAUCUGUGGAUGUUUAAAAAGGCAUAUCUUGCAGGUGUUAGGAAGUAGAAUUUUUAGGAAGGGGUCACCAAGUUAUAGGCUCAAACCCUGGGUCUGUUUUGAUCUUAGCAAUGUCCCAGGGUUUAUGGUUUAACCACACGGCUCUACCUUUCUCAAGCAUUUUUCUCAAUACAUAGCCAAUUAUAGGUUGAGAGUGUCAGCUGAUGCUUCCAGCCACUCAUGAUGCCUAGUAUGAGGUUUCCUAAAGGCGCACAACUGAGGCAUAAAUGGUUUAACUCCUUAAGGAAAGUUGUCGCCGAGGCCGUCCAGGCACCAUUACAAGUUUAUUGAGACAGUUUAUGGUGCCAGCAUGUUCAUUUAAAAAUCUGUACUGUACAACUAAUUGAUUGAAAAAUCCCAACUCUGGGAGAAAAUUGUGGAACAUUCGUUCAGUCCAUACAUGUUACAGGAUAUGACUCUUGUAUUGUAGUCUUUUAGUUUGGCAAUUUUUAUUUUAAUAAACUGCUCUUGAAUAUAUUAUCAACGCUGAUAUUUAUUUCUUUUUUUGUGUGUUAGGAUUUACAUGAGUGUUACAGCAGCUGAUAGCACUAUAAAUUAACAUAGUGAAUGCCAUAUUGUAAUGUAUUAUUUUUUAACUUUAAUUACAUUUAUACAAGUCUGUUGAUACUGAAUCAAUAGUCAUGAUAAUCUCAGAUAAUUUCUACAAAGCAGCUCACUGGCUUUAUCUAGAGGUAAGUCCAUUGCCAUGACUAGAACAAAUGUCUUCAACGCACUGUUUGAAGAUUCUAAUUUAGAGUCAUGGUUAUGUGACAGUGACCCCCAACCUCUCGCAGGUGCUCCCAUUACUGUCGGCAGCUGCCAUUUUUCCUAUUCAAUAGCAAGUCAAAAUAACUGCUAACUGUAUCACUCACAGUAGGCCACGGAGUAAAAACACAUUGCUAGAAUUCAUUUCAUUCCUUGCCAUUACUCCUUAUUAUGACAACAUCAUUCUGCACCACAAGAUACAGGCCAUUCUGUCACUUAUCCAAUUGUAAAUAGAUAAAUGGGACUGUGCAUCUACACAGACAAGUGGCUUCACAGGUUGCACAUUGUAUAUUCUGCAAAUGUGUUGUAGGCUUGUUAUCUUGUUUAAAGAAAAGUGAUAAUAGAAAGGGUUUUUUCUUUUUUUUGCAAUAGGCCUACAGCUGGGGUUUUGAAAUAUUACCCAGGGGAGGUCUAAUAGGUCAUAACACUAGCUACAAUGCCAACUAUAGAAGCUACAGAUUUUGCCCUACUGCAAAGAUGUAUCCUUCACCCACAAUUUUGGUAGUGUCGUUGUAAAACCAUAGCGUUCUCUCCACCUAUAUGGGGAGACACAGCAACUACUAUGUAUAUCAGUGUGAUCAAUGAAUACAUAUAUUUACACCUUUGAAUACAGCAUUUAAAGUUUAGUAUAUAAAGAAUGUAUUUCCCUCUCUUUUUUCAAUUUUAUUUUAUAGAAUUUAUAAUAUUGUAUAUUCUGAAAACUUCAACACCUCUAUUUUACUAUAAAGAUUAUUAAAGGGGCACUAUAGUCACCAGAACAACUACAGCUUAUUGUAUUUGUUCUGGUGAUUAUAAUCAGUUCCUGUAGACUUUUUGCAGUAAACACUGGUUUUUUUCAGAGAAAAGGCAGUGUUUACAUUACACCCUAGGGAUACCUCCACCUGCCACUCCUCGGAUGGCUGCCAGAGGUGCUUCCCGGGGCAGUGCUACACAGUGUGCAGCACUGCCAUUCAGUGUCUCCACCCUCUACAUGGAGACACUGAACUUUCCUCAUAGAGAUGCAUUGAUUCAAUGCAUAUCUUUAAGGAGAUACUGAUUGGCCAGGGCUGUGCUUGGCUUGAGCUGCAGGCAAUAAAUCAUAUCGUUUUAAAAUGGUUUAAUUACUUAAAUGGUGCAGAUUUCAAACCAUCCAUUUUACCAUGUACAUACCUAAUAAAUACAGUUCACUCAACUUUUGCCAAAGUCAGAUACUGUUAAAUUCUGUGAUCUUUGAAGUUUCUGUUGAGAUGAGAGGGUGCACUGGAUCUUGUAUGUUAGUGAAAUUUACGAACAAUGCUGGUAGAAAAGAAAUGUUGGGAGGAAGAUUUAGUAAUGCAAACUGAUACUAUUUUGAGUGCAAACUGCUAAAUGUUGAGAAACAUUCUAUUAGUAUCCAUUGUGAUUGCUCCAUAGUCAGCACUUUGUUCAAGAAUAGCACACGCGCUUGACUUGAUUAAUCCCCCAUAAUGUUUUUCAAGCCUGUAUCUGCUACAAUCUCAUCUUUAUCUUAUUUUCACAUUGUGAUCUCAUUUCUUCCAGUUGUUAUCUCAUGGAUCCAUUGUUUUACUGGUUAAUCAGUCCAUAAAUGAUUGCCCAUCAGCUUUGAAUGAUAUGUACUUAUCUGUAUUCCCUAGUGACCUGUUUACAGUCUUAUUGUUACCACUGUUGUAACUUUCUAAUUUGUAAGAUAAUACAUAAUGGUUACCUGCUUUUUAAAUUUGUUACAGUUACACAUAUGCAACUCUCUUAAAUAUUUUCAACUUAUUUUUAAUCAGUUUGAACCAAAAUACAACUUUUUUUAUAUCGGAAAUGUACCAAGUAUUUAUUUUAACAUUUUGACAUUCCUGGAAAGGCGCCAUCACUUUAAAAUGUAUACCAUGAAGCAAAUGUAGAGAAGAAGUUACAUGAUAGAAAACAAAUAAUUUAUAUUAAAGGUACUAUACAAUAUUUUGCUGCCUGAGUGAUGCAAAAGGAAGUAUGUUUACAGUUACUCAUACCCUAUCACUGCGCUGAUAGCAUCAUAACACAUCCCAGCCAAUCAGUGAUUGCUCUCACCAAAUCGGUGGUCAUAUAGUGACAUGAUCUCAUUUUUAUCCCAAAGGAGUGUUGUCAUUUGCUGUGACGUGUACAGGGGCCUACGUUCCCUCUAUUAGCGCCUUAUAAAAAAAAAUAAAAAAAAAAAGUCUUACUACCAGUUGGUAUUAUUAUUAUUUUAUUAUUUAUAUAACACCAGCAAAUUCCAUUACACUGUACAAUGGAUGGAUCACUAUCACUAACUAGGACAGUCUCUAUGUAUGCCACUGAAGCAUGGUAGUGCCCUGCAGUUGAGUAUUUCAUAUAUCUUGGUAUAAACAGUUUUUUAUUUUUCAUGGAUGUAUUUUUAUUUUUUUUUACAUUUUUAUACAAAACAGUACAGGCAUAUGAUACAAAAGAGACAGUGGCUUUUUAACCCUCCUGACCGGUGACAUACUAGGUAUAUAAAACGGUUGUUAACGACCACGGAGGUAACUGGUACGUCGUUUAGUAAAUCAGCACUUACCUGAUCACUGCCCGAUUGCCCGAUUCGGCCCUCCCGAGCAAUGUGAUUGCAAGGACCCUGCAGAUUAGCUGGCUUGUGCAGUGCCUGCAGGGGGCCUGUCUGAGCUCUCAGGCAGUCCCCCAUGUGCCUGAAAAAAAAGUUUUCAAAAGUUAGUAAAAGUUAAAUAAAAGUUUAUAAAGUACAUAAAAAGUACUUAGAUCAUAUAUAUAUAUAUAUAUAUAUAUAUAUAUGAUCUAAGUACUAUUACAUGCACACAAACACACAUUAUUAGCACACUAUUAUUAAAAGUGUAUUUUAAUAUAAAUUCUAUCUAUCUAUCGAUCUAUCUAUCUAUAUAUAUAUAUAUAUAUAUAUUAAUAUUAAAAUACACUUAUAAUGACAUAAUAUAUAUAUAUAUAUAUAUAUAUAUAUAAUGAAAAUAAAUAAUAACAUUUAGAAUGAUGUUAUAAAUACAUCAUACAAGUGAUCACGUAGCAUUGUAUAAAGGUAUAAACAGGAUUACUGCCUCUUUAACUUCGAGAUGGAAUCAUUUUCAAUCAAAAGAGAAUAUGGUUAUUGUUUUUACUACUCCCUCACGUAAUUCCUUUACCACUUUAUUUCUAAAUAAUUUUCAUAUGUUUACUCUCAGUUGUGGCUUCCAAUUUAAAUUUAAACUACUAUUUAAACACUAUUUUAAAAUACUUAUUAAUAUUUUAAAAAAGAGAGGGUUGUAUUGUUCCCCUUCUCAGUUGUUAUUCCGAAACCCUAUAGAUCAGUGGUGUCCAAAAGGUAGGUCCCUAGAUGUUAUAGAACCACCACUCACAUGAUGCUUUGUAUGCCUUUAGAAUGACAAAGCAUAAUGGAAGAUGUAGUUUUAUCUGGCGAUCUACCUUUUGGGCACCAGUGCUAUAGACCUUUUUACCAAGUGGGGCUUACUCUUUGGUAGGAAACAUGAUUCAAAGUUAGAGGUUAAAAGACUAAAAAGAAUUGUGAUGAUGCAGAAAGAAUGGGUAGUAGAUACAUCGAGUAGUCUUCAGGGAAAAUUUUAUAAUUCGAGUAGAGUAAAGGAGUUUAUAACAAUUCUCAUGUUCAAAAAGACUCUGAAGGAAAAAUAAGGAAAAUCGCUUAGAUACGACAGAGCUAUUCUUUUAGUCAUACAUUCUUACUUUAUUCAUGCAUUUUACGCAUCCAGUGCAAAUUAUCUGUCGUCAUUCCAGCAGGUCAAAAAAACGUUGUUUUGCUUUUAUCUUUACAGCAAAGCCUCGAAAGCAACCUAGCAAGUCUCAUCAAGAGAAACACAGAAAUGGAAAUGCUGUUGGCCAAGCUUAUUCAGACCUGUCAACAUGUAGAGGUGAGUAAUUCAUGAAAAUUCAAUUACUUCUGAAACAGUGUCACCUUUUUCAUGAAUUUUAUCAAAACAUACACCCAGUCUCGGGAAAGUGAAAUCCAGAAAUAUUAACAACAACAAAAAAUUUAGUUUUAAAUUAUUUCAGUUGUUAACCUUGUGAUAAAUCAGUUAUAAUUCAUCUUUAAAAAGAAUAUCUGUUUAUUAGCGGAUUAUAGAGAAUGACAUGGAAUUCUAGUAGGAACACAAAGCAAGCAUCAUGGAAGUGUUUUUGAACACAUAGUUGUCUUUAACAUUAAGGCCCAUCGUUUGGUGGAUGUGGAAUAGAAUAGGAUGUUAACAUUACUGACGCUGUCUGCCAAUCAAGGACCCCCAUUCAUAAAACUGGCUUGGAAAAAAAACAUACCCUUUUCAGGCCAGUUUCAUAAAUGGGAGAGGUGCAGGGAGAUUCAGCACUGAAACUCAUAAUUUGGGGUUAAACCAUUCAAGAACAGUUUAACCUCUUAAGGUGAGGCAGCGCCAGGGACCUUCAGGCACCAUUUUGAUUAUUAUGGUGCCCAAACUGUUCUUGGAAGGAUUUGGUUGAGUAUUUCUUAUGAGCUUAAGCUGUAUAUGUGGAUAUACAGCUCAUAUUAGAGAGGCAUGCAUCACUUGACAUUUUAUUUUUUAAACCAGGAAGCUAACACUUUUAAACAAAUAUACAGACAAAAAGAAAGGACAUUUAAAAAAAGUAAUAAACAUUUAUAAACUUACCAUAAAUUUGUUCAGAUUGCAUUGGUGGGAACAUGUCUCAGCCAGAAGAGUUUUUUUUAGCCUCCCCACUGUAUGUUAUCCACCCAUCUCAGUUUCAGACCAGUCCACUAAUGACAGAAACAGGGCAUUGUUGUGCAGCAACAGAAGAGAGAAAUGUGACACCAAAGUUGAUGAGAACUUCCAACUGCACAUAUGUAAAUCUGUCAGGCAUGCCCAAUCCACUUUUUCUGCAUUCCUAGGGAUAGGACACUGAUUGGUUAGAUCAGUGGUCCACCUGGAGUGGGUGUGAAGAGCGUCAGAAAGAAGAAGCAGGUAAGUAUUAAAAAGAAGUAAAUAAAUAAAUAUUUUCAGCCUGCAGAGUGAGGAAAGUGCCUCAUUCAAAGUGAGACAUAUCCCUUUAAAGGAUUAGGUCAGGGGUAAGCAUCCUUUGGAACUUAAGAUGUUGUGGACUACAUCUCCUCUAAUACUUUGCCAGCAAUAAAUCUGUAAAAGCAUUAUGGGAGAUGUAUAACCAGAAAAAAACUCCUCUACGAAGAAAGUGUGUUAUAUAAAAAAAAGUGUUUUACAUAUAAAAAUAGCAGCUGUACACACUAGUGUGGGAUACCCUCUUUCCUACACAACAUAGUAAUAUACACCUUCUAGUGGUACAAGAUAUACUUGUACCUAUAGUGGAGCGCUAAAGUGCAAAAUUAAGGGGAAUGCCUUAUCCCAUGUUUAUAUUGACAUCCCUGGAUGAGGGCAUCUGACUGCACACAUCACCCAGGUUACUGCUAUAUGAAGGAGUCCAGCCUCACUUGGGCCUUUACUGCUCUCCAUAUUGGUUUUAGACUUUAGCUACUUGGAAUUAUUAGAUGUUUUCUUGCUUGCACAAUUUAUUUGUCUAUCUAAGUAGAAUCUAUUAUUUUGUUAUCUACAUAUAGAUCUGAUUUUGCUUAAGCCAGUCUGUAUUUCCUGGAUCACAUAAUAACAUGCGCAAGGUUUUAAGGCACUCCCCUAAAUUCAUAUGAAUGUAAAAUAAACAAUUCUCUGAUUUAGAAUGUGGUUUCUUCUAAGGAUUGUUACUUUCAUCAACUGUAUUCUUGAAAGGAUUUUCAUUUGUAAGUUUAGACAUUGUAUUAUUAGGCAGCACUUGGCCAUGGUACAUCUGCUUUUACUUUUCAGACAAAAUCUUACAUAAAAAAAGGAAGCUUGGAUUAUUUUUCUUUUUCUAGUAAAGAGUUUAGUGAGGGAUCACUUUGAUGUAGGAAGCUUCAGAUAAUUUUGACUAAGCACCUCUAAUUAGAAUCCUGACAGCAUGUGAUCAAAGGAAAAACACAAAUCACGUAUGUUACCUGGCAUAUGUGUAAAUGCUGUCAUUAUAAUAAAGAUGCUGGUUUGAUUAGAAACCACACGAUGCUUUCAUUUAAAGGUUCUUAGCAACGUUAUGUGAUGGUGUGGCUUUGCCAUACAUUGGACUGGAGUAAAAAAAACACACACACAUAUAAUGUGUGUGGAUCUGUUUUUCCCCCAAUCUCAAUAAUCAGCCUUUUCAUUACUUUCAUUACCAUUCUGUUGUAUCAUUCAUCACCAUGGCGUCUAUGCAUAAUCUCAUUAAUGAGACUUAACAAUGGCAACAGCAAGUGUCAUCACACCAACAUUAACAUUAUCACGUGUGAUGGCGCCACCGAUUGUGAUGAUGUCAGUUAUGCACUCACAGAGACUAGUGUGAGGUUUUCUUUCGGUUACACUAAUUAACAGCAUAAUCCUCAGAAUUAACCAAAUGUAAUAUAUAAAGCUGCAAACCCACUCCAAUACUGCUUUCUGAUAAAACCUUUUGGAGUUUCACUUUUUUUGUUCUCAUUUUAAAAAAACUGUCUGCCAAGGACCAUGGUCAGAAAUCCAUGAAUAUUUUAAUGGUCCAUUAAGGAUAUUCUAGUGGUCUGUUUUUUUUUUGUUUUUUUUAAUCUGGGAAAAAUGCCAAAAAAGGAAAAGUCUCUAUUUUGGACCUUAUGUAACGCCUUCCCCUCUGCAUUGCUCAGGAGGCCUAUAGAGUAGUUCUUCUCUCACAGGUCACUGUCAAGACCCUAGUAAAAAUCUAUGUGCAUCAUGCGUGGGCUGGCUUUAUGAGCUGUAAAUAUAUAGUCCUAAUAUAAUAACUGAAAAAUAAACAUGCCACAAGUGAAAACAGCCCAGGGAAUAAAGAAUGUAAUAAAUAAUUUCUUUGUUGUGCUUUUUUUAAUCAUGCCAUUGCACGGUAUAUAUAUGUAGUCUGUUUUUAAUUGGCUAGCGUCCAGUCAUCUCCCUUGUGUUACUGUAAACACCUCUUGACCUCUUCAAUAAUUAUCCUCUUGAUGAAAAUGUUCACCUGCCAGAAUGGAUUAAAUUCCAUCAAAUAUGCCUUGGAGUCAUCACUUUCAUAUGAAUACUGUAUGACGAUUGAAUUACACCGGAGCAAUGAAUUCAAUUAUGUAAAGCAUCCUGCACAACUGUUCUCACAAAAAGGAACCUGUUCAAGUAUUAUUAAUAAAUUCAUAUAAUUUAACAAGACAGACAUUUCACGUUAGCGCUACUCUUCAGUUCAAUUAUUCGGAACCACUAGAGGCACAUUUUUUUUAAUGUAGAUUGGAUGUCUCACAGAUAUCUGGGUGUGUGAUAAAAUUACCAUUCACAUCGUUUCUGUGUUUAAAGCAGAUUGUUUUUUUAAAUCUGCUUUUCUAAUCUGUAAAUAAUACAUACCAGUACUUUUGAGACCAUACUUUUAUGUUAUAGAAAUGUGAAUUGCAAAAGAUAGGCAGAAACAGCUCUUUUGGCCUGUUGUUUGCCAUUCACACUUUAUUUCACUAAAAUUCCAGCUUAGUGAACAAACCCCAUAAUCUUUUGAAACAGCUGUAUUUAGGGUUUGUCAGCUUCAUCGAAAAUUUUAAUUUAUAAUCUUUUUUUUAUUUAAUUUUUUUUAAUUCUUUAUUUUUGGACAGUCAAAAGUAACAGGAUAAGCUUAUAGAAUACUUUUUCAGUAUACAGGAGUUAACAGACUUUUUCAGUGUACAAGAGUUAACAGAAGCAUUAACGUGUUACCAUUGCACAAUUGUAGCGCCCAUGCUUUUAGAGAAAAGACAAUUAACAGUUAUACCAGUGAUAAUCCGUGACAAUGUAAUCUAUACACCCACACGUUAGGUCCCCACUUGCCUGCCCUUUUUGUUUAAUAGAACAAUUAAAAAAAAAAAAGUUAUAGAAAAACAUAAACAACUUCGGCCACAUCAGUGUGGUUCAAUUGCUGGUAUUCUGACCCCCUCAGGAGCCCGCACCCCAGGUACCAGUGGUCUGCUGCGAGACCGCCACUCGCCCCUCUCAACUAGGUCCUCUUAGUCCCCCAAGUCUGUCCUGGGAGCCCAUACUUUCUCAAAGGACUUUGUGAUGUUAUGCAUUAUCUCAGUGAGUUUGUCCAUUAAAUAGUUUUCUUUGAUCCUCUGCCCAUGAUCUUAAUUUUAAAAGUAUGAAUGCAAACUGUUUCUAUGGAAACCUAUAUAUAGAACUUUGACAACUGACACACUGAGUUCUAUUGACUAAGUGAGGAACAACAGUUGAAUGGUGUUUGGUUAGUCAUACUUUACAGGUUCAAAUGAAAACUCAUUAUGCCGGACCCACGAGCCUAUUCACAAAUUACAAUUUUGGUUUUAUCAGCAGUGUUUGCAUCAUUCGGCUGCCCUUUAGUUAGAUGAUAAAAUCAUCCAAAGCAACAAAGGGAUCGCAACCACAUGACAUCUGGAUCACUUUCAUUUGUUCAAUAUAAUUCCCUUCUUACAGGUGAAUUGCACCCGUAUCCAUACACCCUUCUAACUUUAGUUCACACCAAAAUUGCCAGCUGAAUUGUAAUAAAAUGAUUUAAUUGGAAGUAAAUUCAUUUCCCAAGACGAUUUUUAUUCAGUUCAGUACAAUGGAGAUUUUUCAAUCUGUUCCCCUGACUUUUUUUUUUUAAGAUGGGUAAUAUAUAUAUUUCCAAUCUUUAAAAAAAGCUAAUUGUGUUCAGUAUUUAUUAAUUAAGUAAUUGUGUUUAUUAUGUAGAAUAUGUCAUCUAGGUAUAUAAAUAGUUGUGUUGUGUUGUGUUAUAUAUAUACUUAACUUUUAAAUUAAUAAACUGGGAUAAACAAUACUAACGGAAGCUGACUGUGGAAAGUGUACCUUAUGUUGGGAUGUGUUCAGAACCCUUAGGUGUUGAACUAUUAAUAUGGGCUCAUGUGUGUGGUGCAUAGAUGUGAUGUUAUUGCACAAGAGAGCACAUUAUUAGCGCUUCCAUGUGGCCAGAUUAAUGUAAAUUUUCUGAAUUAGUUUGUGAUGAGGGGCGUGUAUAAUCUCUAGUACACCUACUUAUGCAAUGCAUAUAAAAUCAUUUAGUUAGAUGAUUUUAUUUUUUACAUGUUGACCAUUUUCCUUUAAACUAGACUUUGGAUACAACCUGACCAUCACGCGAUUAUUUGCCAUAUUGUGUCUUUGACAUAUUUACUAUGAAUACCUAGAAAUGAACACUACAUAUGUGUUUGAUUCUAACAGUGUGACUGGCUCAAAUUAACUAUUAUAGUAAAGUAAUGUCUGGAUAACUUACAUCAUUAUAUAGUUAAUGGGGAUUGAUAAAAGGCACAACAACUCAUUCCUCACCAUCUGCAUGGAACCUGGAAGUUGAAGCCAGAAUAAUUAUUACGCCAUGUCUUUAAACACAAAUCAGUUCUUGUUUAUUUCCACAGUAUGCUCAUUUUUUCCUAAAAAUAUGUUUAAAGGGUUACUCCAAACACCAUGACCACCAUGAGUGAUUUGAAGUGGUGAUGGUACCUGGAGUCUGUAUGUGCAACAUUUUACUAUGCAAAGCCGCACAUACGGAGAUUAACCCUCUGCUGCCGGAUGUGUAAUACAACCUCCAGCCGCAUCAGUGGGAUGUCAUUAGCCAGCCCAGAACAAAACGUUCCGGGCUGGCUAUUAUCAAUCCUGUGCAAAAUUGGUAUCUGUUGCCAGGAUGCACAGCAUGCUGGAUCCAGGCAGCCAAUGUUGGCGCACAACUCCCCUUCAGUGCCAAUCCUGUACUCUCCUUUGCUGCCUCCCACUUUGUCUGCCCAUCAGUAGGGGAGAAUGAUAUCAGCCAAGACCUCAGCGAUGGAAAAGAGGUAAAUUUAAGCUUUUUUCCUUCAUUUUAUUUGCAUCUGGGAGGGCAAACUACCACAAGAGGGGUUACUUUAAAAAGAAAAACAGUGAUUUAUAAAAACAGAUUUUUGGUUGGAGUAACCCUUUAUGAUACAUUAUAGUCCACAGGUUAUUUAGCAUGAAAUAUGCUUUUGUUAUGAAGCUUGAGGUUGUAUAUUCAUGCAAUAUUUACAUUUAUGGUAAAUGCAUUUGAUUAAUUGAAGUUAAUCGAAUGUGUGUCUGCAGAGAUAACAUGCACUUUAUAACAGCACAAAUGUUAUAUAAAAAACAUGCAAAGUUCAGACCUUUAUCCCAUUAUCAUUCUACAAAUCUAUGUACAUACAAUCCUCUACAACCUAUCGUUCCCGUUUUUUGUAAUUGUCCUAUUUAUAGUUAAAUCCCCCCUCUUAUAAUAUUUUUAAGCGCUAUGGAAUCUGUUGGUUCUAUAGAAAUGGCAAUAAUAAUAAUAACACUUUUAGUUUAAAUUGAUCUCCAAACGAGUGAUUAACCUGUUUCUAAUGAUAUAUACAAAAAUCAGUUAUAACUGUCAAAAUAAUCUGUUCUGGUAAAUUAAUCUGAAAAGUUAUUGUUCUAAAUAUUAAAUAUUAAUCUGGUGGUAAAUAUUACAGAUUAUAAAAAGCAAAAGAAUGAGUCGUUAUGUUUUAAAAGCAUGAUUUAAAUAGUCUUACUGACUAGUAAGAUUAGAACUAGCUGGCUAUUUGCUUCUUCUUUUGGCUGUUGCAUCAAAAUGACUUUGUACAUGUUCAUAAUCAGUAAUUGGUCCAUGUUGCAAUAUCUCAACAGCUUCUUUAUGGCUGACCGAUACAGUCUGUGCUGCUUUCUUCUGUAAUCACUCCCUAAAAGAAGUACAGAUUACGGCAGUGACACACACAAAAAUACAGUUUUACUUUUACUUAAAGUCACCUAUCUCAGCAAACAAAUAUGGGGAUUCGGUUCCACGAUAGGGCCCACCACUGCUCCACAGUACCAUAAUAUUGUUGGGUCCUACACUAAUUUUAAAAUUUUACACCCUUGAAGAAGGCAUCCUCUUCUGCAAAUUAAACGUAUGUAACCUUAAGCCUUGUCUUUUUUUAAGUGAGGAACAGGAAAAUGAGCCAGUUGGCACUUGUCUGCCAGUUUAAUAUAUAUUUUUAUAACAUUGGCAUUGACUUGUAUCAGAAUGAAUAAGAUGUAUAUAGAUUUAUAGGAUGACAACAGACGUUCAUGGUUUUUAUUUUAAGCUCUCAUUAAGUUGAUGAACAACAAAUGUUAUUUACUAAUGGUACAAACAGAAACAUAAUGCUAUACCAAAUCAUACCUCUUGUCAGGGACAAAGGAAAACAUUUUUUUCUCUUUAAAAGCUAAUGUUUCCGAUUUCAGGUUCAGCUAGAAAAUCAUUAUCUCUUUGUUGUACAGAAAGUCUGCAUUCAAUGCACAGCUAUUAUCGAGUCAGAGAAGUUCAAGAUUUCCCUUUGAUGUUUAGGAUUGAAGCGUAGAAAGUCUUGCUCAGCUUUAUGUUCAGUGAAAUAAACAUGUGGGUUUGUUCUGACGUGACUCUCCCCCAAGGACAUUGCCGUUUUGUAACAAUUACCUUAUAUCUUGCUGUACAGACAGCAGUCUUUGUUAAGGCAAUGGAGGAAAAUCAUGCACACAAUGAUAUUGAUCACAAUGGUUGCCAAGCUGGUUUUACUUAGAAUGAUCCCUAUUUAUAAUUUAUUGUUUUUAUUGUUGCUCUUAUGGAACUGAAAUAGAUUCAUGAGCAUUAUUUAAAGUGUUUUAGUAGAGGUGAUGUGUAGUUUUAAAGAACACUCUAGUCUUACAAAUAAAACUUUUUUUUAUAUAAUGCUACUGUGUUAUAACAUAAUUUUUACUAUUGGCAAUGCAACACCACAGUGCCCUAAAAAGAGAGUUACUUACCUCUAAUCCAGCGAUGAGAGGCCUCUCGUCCUUUCUACGCCCUGUGUCUGGGAGAUCGUCACUGCAGAUGAUCUCAUGGUCAAUCUGUUUUUUUUAGUAGACAAACAUUGGCACACAGGGUGCUUAUGCAGCCAUUGCUGUGCCUGCAAAAUAGAAGUGCGAAAGAGCACUCCUCGGCAGUAUGAUUAAAAGCCCUUAGAGUGUAACCCAGUGGCUGUAUAAAAGUGGCAAUUUUUAAAAGUGAGAAAGAGGGGACACUCAGUCAACCCCUAAAGGUCUAAGGGUCUGAAGUAUUCCUUUACUAUCCACAUUUAUUUAUACUUAGAAUAUUUAUGUUACAUAAGGUACCAGACUGGCAGACAGCCCACAAUUAGUGUCUCCAGGUCCACACCACAUUAUAUACUGUAUUUAUUUGAAUCUAAUACGCACCUUUUUUUGAAAAUAAAGUUUAAAAAAUUUGAAUGCGUAUUAGAUUCGACGGCACAUUACAUUCGGGGAAAAAUUCAAAAUUUUCAAGCAAAUUUCAUUCCGGCGAAUUCACACAGGCAAAUAGACUUAACAUGUAACACUAAACUUGGAAUACCAUCAAUGUUACUAUGGUAUAUGGCAAUAAACAUUUUCAUUGUAGCACAAUGUUGUAUAGUAGUAUCUUCUUGUAUAAAUGCGCAUUACAUUCGCCAGCAAAAACAUUUUUCAGCUUCCAGGUUUCAAAACUUGAGGUGUGUCUUAAACACAGGUGAAGCUCUAGAUUUGACCAAGUCGUUCUUAAUAUAACAACCAACUGUAUGGCUUCUGGGGCACUGCUUUCUCCAUAGGUGAUGGGUAAUAGUGUUAGGGUAUACAUUGUUAUGAUAUCAUCAGGGAUAGGUUCCCCACCUACUGUGGAGCUCAGCUAAUAUUGUUCUGCAUAAGAUCAGAGUUUUUGCAAGAAUUACAUAUACAUGAAUUGGUGUAAAUUAAUUCUUUAGUUAGUUCAUCUGUACUUAUAUUUCCUGAUUCCAUCAAAUUAUUUGUCAUUAGCAUCCUUUCCUCUUCUAUCAUUUCAUAUUUCAAUCUUCUUCUGUUCCAGAAAUGAAAAAAAGCCUUGCACAUCUAAUAUUAAAUACUCCUCAUAUAUAUUUUUUUUAAAUAAUAAAUAGUAAUUUAAAAAAAAAUAGAAUUAGAGAUGUUCUUUUGACAGUUCUUUGCGACAGAUCUAUAAUUUAUUUACUGAAUAAUUAGUUUUAAUUAUCCCAUACAUUUUUAUAAUGUUACAUGCAGUUGUAGUAAAUAGCAUUUUAUUCUUUAUUUCUUUCCACUUCUUGAUUAAGCAAUAGUAUAUUUAUGUCACCUGCAAAAAAUGUAUUGUUUCAUAAGACCUUUCCAAUCUAUACCUGCAAGCUUUUCUAAUUUUAUACCUUUUUUUUCUGUAAUUUCUUUUUAAAUAACGUUUUGCACAUUUACCGAAUGAAGACGUUAAAUAACUCCCUAGUGCAUAUAAGUUUUAUCCCACAUAACAAGGUACAUUGACCUACAAUAUAAACCGAAAGGCUGAGUAAUGAAAAACAUAACUAUAAUACUGUGUGAAACAUGCUGAUUUCAUUAGGAGUUCGUAGGUAGCUGUAAAGAAUGCAUUGAUCCGAAGUUAUUGUGGUCGGGACUAGUCAUAAAACAGUCUGUGUAAAAAGCAUUCAUCCGCAUGGCAAAAAAUAUAAAAAAAAUUAAAAAAAGAAAAUGAGGUUUUCAAAUAAAGACUGUUGAAAAAGACAAGGACACAGAGUGUUCUUUUGUUUUCCAACCAGACAGAUGCAUCUUUAUAUUCUAUGAUAACUCUCUGAAUUCCAAAUGUUUGAUUGAAUAAAAUUAUGCUUAUAGCUACCAUCGACCUUGGCACUAUUGUGGCUCUUUCAUGCCAUAUUUUAUAUCAUUCUUUAAAGCACUUAAAGACCUCUUAUAGUUUGUAAAGAUGAUUUUUAGGGUCAAUCUUAAAUACCAUGACCAGUACAGUGCAAUUUAAUGAUUAUGGAGCAAGGUGUGUUUAGGAGAUGUUCUGUUUUGUAUUUUUGAUUAAAAAUUAUUUGGAAUAAAAUAUUUCAAAGUAACCUUUCCGUAUAUUGGGGCACAACAGGGGUGUAACACAUUUUUCUGAUUUCUCUGUACAGUUGGAUAACAUAUGUUGGUUAGCUGAUAUCUUAUGCUCUAUACAACUUUAUGUUUAUUACAUAUAACUGUUACAGAAUUUUUUAUAAACUUAUGAUGGCAUUCCAAUAUUGCACCCUCUGUACAGAAAGACACAUUGUUAUAAGAGAAGCUGCUAUAGCUGGAUUCAUUUUUAAAAAUAGUGGGUGGGUUGAUUUAAUAGAUAAAAUAACAUUACACAUCACGAUUCACUGACCAUGCGGGUAAAAGCUUUCCAUAAAAUUGGAAAGGUCUGACAGAAAAGCCACGCCUUGCUCUACGCUAGCUUAUAUUUUGUGGUGAAGCCUGGCCAUUGGGCUUUAGCUACCAAAUGAUGGUUGCUGGCAGGCCCGGACUGGCCAUCGGGCAAACCAGGCAAAUGCACAGUGAGCCGCGAUGGCCAUUGGCCCAGGCUGGCAGGAGAGAUCACAAUAUCUCCCCUGCUGGCACAUGCAAUGCAGCACCUGUCCCCUCAUGGGCUGGAGGGAAGAUUAGGUCAUCAGGGGAAAGUGCCUCCUGCCAGCAUGCAGGGAAGCCUCCGUCCUUUUGUGAGCUCAGAUAUUGUCAGAGCGUUACUAACCCGAGGCAACGCUCUGAUACACCGAUGCUCUCGGGAGGGUGAGACAUAGUCUGUACAACUUAUGUUGUAUUGUAUCCCACUACUGGGGACACCAGAGACACUAGCAAAUGCGUAUGAUAAAAACAGAACGUUUUCUCCAUCCAGGAGCACUGAAUGCUCUCUGGAGGGGCAUUACACUAACAUAGUCAUUUGGUGGGGAGGGGUGCUUGUCAUUGGUGAUGACAUAACAUGCCCCCUUUCUGGCACUGCCCCUCCUAGAGGGCUGCUCUGCCUUUAACUUCCCUGGCUGAAAUGUUGUCCCAGUCUGGCCCUGGUUGCUGGAAAGACACAGCAUAAUGCCAAUAAUCACUGUGCUCAGCUGAAAUAGGAUGAAUGUAACUUUACUCAUAAUAACUCAACAUAGAUUGUUAAUAAAAGAGGAAUAUAGAGACAAGGACAACAUUUUCUUUUCAUGACUCAGAGAUGUUUAAUUAAAAGCACUCAUACAAUACUAGCCUUAAAGUUUAAAAACAAGGACAUUAACCCCUUAAGGACCAAACUUCUGGAAUAAAAAGGAAUCAUGACAUGUCACACAUGUCAUGUGUCCUUAAGGGGUUAAAAAAAACCAAAACUUUAAAUGUAAAAAGUGAAAAUUCAACCUUUCAUACCUCCAGAGCAAAUACGCUUAUGUGUCACAAAUGUGAGGUUUGGAUAGUGGUGAAAAAUGUCUAUACCUAUUUCUAUACCCAUGUUUGAGAUAUCAUUGUUUUUGAAUCCAGCACUUAAACAUAAUUUUUAUUUGGUUCAUUAUUUUUAGGAAUGUCAGUUAUCUACUAUGUUGUUGGAACUGCCUUUCAGAAAAACAAAAUCAAGAAAAGGCUAUUGUCUCUUUUACCAAAUUGGUGAAUCAUAAGGAGCAGGCAUACACAGUAAAAUGCUGUUUUGCUUUUACUACCCCCCCACUCCCCCCAUCUCAAUGACUACUUUUAAUCACUGAAAUGUUCAUGGUGUAUGUAGUAAUCUUUUAAGUGACAGCUUGAAUCUUUCAGGCUAAAUUAUGCAAUUUGGUUUUAACUCACUAAAUGAUAAACCCCUUAUUGUCAGGUUGAUGCUAGAAUACCUCCCAACAACUGGACACGCGGAAUUUGGAAGGGGGGGUGAGCCCCUGAGGGGACAAUGUCACUAAAAACGCCUAUAGUUGGUGGGCACUCACUGAUAGACUGCCUGACCUGCUCCCAGCCUUCAGUUCCAGGCAGGACCCUGAAAUCUGGACUGUUCUGCCAAAAGUAGGACUAUUAGAGGCCAGGAAAUGAAACCUUUCUUCUUUUUUUCUUUUUGUUUGUUUUAUAUAGCAAUAUUCCAUGAUAAUUUUUCAGCUUAAAAUUGCUGGCACCUUCCAUACAGUUUUGCGAUUUACUUGCACUAUAUCUACUUUCACAACUAUGAACAAACCGUCUGGUGGCAGACUCCUUAAAAAAAAAAGAAAAUAAUAAUAUAUGUAAACAUGUGUUAGCUUUGAGAUUUUUGGAAUCUCCUUGUAAAACUGUCCUGUUAAGUGUGAUUGCUGAUUAGCAUAUUUUUUUCCCAUGUAUUUUGCAACCACAGAGGUUUAAAUGAGCAGUAUUUAGAAUUUCCUUUUCUUCCUGUUUCUUGCCAAAUCACCAAGAGCAAUAAUUGUAAAACUAUACUCUAGCUGACCUGCUAACUCUCCAGAACAGCGCAGGUGUUACACUGAACAUUCCGGUGGGAACCAGGAAGUAAGUUAUUGUCCCACAGGACAAUGAAGGGAACUCAUCAAACGUUCUUUGUGCACUGCAUUUUAUCCAAGCACUAAAAUGGCUUUACAUUAACUCAUUGAGAUGUAUUCAGAAUAAAGGAAGUGCUUCUGAACAUCCAUGGAAAAUGCAUGCCCCUAGUUCUAUUUUUGAUAACUUUUUGUGUAUUCAUCUUUACAGUAUCCCAUCACGCAUGUUGUUUUGAUAUUCUAAUGAUGGAUCUGACAAUCUAUGCUUGACCUGGCAAUUUCUGAGUUUGUGAGAAAUUUAUAAAACUGCUUAUUUACAUUUCCAUUAAAAGUACAGGGCAAGGAGAUGCCACUUUAAAAAUAGAAAAAAAAACAAGAACACUAGUAUCGGCUGAGAGGUUUUAACCAAUUUCUAGUAUAGUGAGCUUGACCCUAAUUUUGCAGGUUGGUUUUAAUUCACCACAAUUCUGUGUUAAUUGAAUAUCCCCACAUUUAAUCAUAAUACAAUUAUAGUGAAUUUAAUAAGUGGGGAAUACUACAACGUGAAGUUUCCCUUUAAACAGACAAUCCACUGCCCAAAUACAAAAUAAAUAAAAAUCACCUUUUAGUAGACAUGCCACAAAUGAAAAAAAAAACUUGCAUGCAUUUAAUUAUGCAUUUUAUAAUUGGGGGUAUAUGUAAAAACAGCUUGCAAAACUCUGCAACGAUUUUCUGUGGCUGUCCAAUCACGGACUUCCCAACGCAGCUCAAUGAGAAGUUUUUUGCAAGGCAGGUGUUCUGAGCAAUUGCUGCGUUUUGAGUUUAGCUCCACUGAACUUAACAAACCAGGAAGUAACAGGAACGGUAGUCUGCUUGAAGCCAGGAGAGUGUAACCAGGUUAAAAGUGUCAAUUUUUAUAGAAAUUUACACAUAAAGCAUUUCAGCAAGCUAACAUGAUUUAGAAUUCUGGAGUGUCCCUUUAAGUAAAUAAUCCUCUGCCAGUGAGUCACUAGUGACAAUGAUAGUUAUUGUUGUAUAAAUCACUAAAUAGAAAGGAAAUGGAUUUAUGUUUUGUAGCUAAAAACAGUGAGCCUCAUAUUUAAAAAUCUGAAUUUAGGAUAACAAAAUAGAGCACACACUUCUACUGGAGGAGAACAGAUUUCAUGCCAGCAUUACCCAAAUCCCAUUUCUGUAAUGCAUAUCAAAGCCAAUAGAUAGAUUUGAAAUGUACUUCUUGUUCAAUAUGCAUAAAAGGCAGUAUUUUUCCUAUGAAUAAUGCUUUGACAAUGGCUGACACACUACAUGGCAAUGCAUCUAUAUCCUCCAGGACAUGUCUGUGCGUGAAGACGCUAACAAAUCAUAUUAUAAGACAAUCUUAGUGUGGACUGCCUGUCUGCUUUUAAUGUAUUUUGACUCAGCACCCACCAUUUGUUUUUUCUAGCUCUUCACUAAUACCAAAGUCUGCAAUGAGAAUUCUUUCUUUAUGACGUGGCAAGAAAAGGGUUCUAGAAAAUGUUAGGCUCUAUGGGGUUUCUAAACAGUGAGUUGACAACUGAUUUGAAAAUUUACAUCUUAGCUACAUUUUGAACUUUUCCUAACUUCCAUAUUUCCUUACAUUUUGGAUUUUAGAUUUUUAAACCCUUUAAUCACCCAGGGGAGGGGGCAAUAGCUUAAUGGCAGACAGACACUAGGACACUAUUCCUAACGCUAUUGUGUUGCUUUAAAUAAAACAAAGUUAUUUUGAUAUCAUUUAUUUGUCCAACUACAAGAACUAUAUGUUUAUUGAGCAGACAGGGAAAGUCUGACUAGAAAGACUUAUAUUACAUAAAAAUUAACAAAUUGUAAUAAUUAUGUAUCACAUUCCCUAUUUUGAUAUACUGGAAGAUCUGUCUACAUUGUCUCCAAUGCUAGAGCCCUGCUCCUAAGUGGCUAAACCAGUCCAAUUUAUCAAUGCUGUACAAGUUUGGAAGGUUGGGCAAAUAAUUCAUCUGAGAUGCUUAAAGUGUUACGAGAACCACAUUUUUUGUCACACUGCUCAAAUGGUUAGACAAAAAAACAGGACAACAUCCAAUGACUCAUUACACCAUGAAAUAAGCUGCAGUGAUUAUAGUGCAUAGAUUAUCUCUUUAUUGACAUUGUAAUAAAAAACUUUAUUGAAAAUAGCAAAUCAUUUUUGGUAUUUUAAAUGCUAAAAAUCAUAAUUUUCUAAUGCAAUAUUCCCUCUUUCCUUACUACUAAAGACGAAACCACAAAUGUGAAAGCAGUGAACAGCGUAGAUCUCCGAACAAAAGUUUAAUUUAUCUUCUGCAGACAAGUAUGUUGUAAAAGUCACAGGGGCAGGCGGAAAAAUCUGAUUACAUAGAACCUCAACUAUUAGAGCUAUGCUGACAUUAGCCACCCCUUGAGGGUUACAUUAAACAAUCACAGUGCUUAUGCGUUCAGUAUUUUUAGCAGUUGGCAGGAAGCCUGUUAAUUUUACCUUAAAAUCACUGUCUGCAACUCACAGCGCUCUAAAAAUAAAGAGCCUUCCCACAGGUACCUCCUUCAGUUUCUGAUUUAAGCACGUAAGACAUCUGUGUAUUUAAAUCCAACUUGGUUCAAUGUCACUGCUCAUUUCAAACACACAGAUAUUGUUUGCAGUAAGAAUGUUGAUGUACACACGUCACAUUUAAACACUGCGUCUUCAUGGCAGACGUGCUCAUAGUGACAGCUACAAGUGAAGUGUUUGCCUGUGAAAGUUUUAUUGGAAGGGGAAGAUGUUACUGGGCUGCGACAAAUCACCUUGACUGCCCAUUUAAACAGUUUAUGUCAACAGUUAGUAUUCAUUAUUAAUUAUGGCGUGUUUCAAAGGGAAUCAUUAAAUACAUCUUGAAAGGGAGGGGUGGGCUCUUAAAAUGGACUUUCUGACUGUUCGGUAUAAACUUGCUUUGUGGCAUUUGAAAAUAAACUAUUGUAACAAAUUCUAUCUCCCCAGCUGUCUGUAAGACAGGUCAAAUAUGUCUCACUAAGGGUUUAUGCUAAAGUACAUCAACUUGAAUAUGUUGUUUUGCAAAUCCACAAAUCACUGUUUCGAGAAUAAACCAUCAAACACCAAAUUUGUGCUAAUUAAAUCCAAAAUGCAAAAUGAAGGCCACAAUCAGUGAUUAGAGUAUGUGUGUGUAUAUAUAUAUAUAGUGUAGAUUGGAUUAGCCGUAUUAGUCCAGUAGACAAGAUGCCAACAUACCAGAGUAUUGCAGUAUGCAAUGGUACCUUUUUUAUUGGACUAACAUAAUCAUGUCAAACCCAAGCUUUCAAGAGUUUUCCUCUCUUCUUCAGGGCUGAAGCAAUACUGAUCAAUCUGAUAGCGUUUAACACUUAAGGCAACUGAUGUUAGAGAAGGGGAGGGUGGGGGGUGAGUGGGGUGUCAUAAAUAGCAGAAGAUGUGCCUGAAAGUGAAAGGUGCAGGUUGGCUGAGAAUAGCCAGAAAAAGUAAAUAAACAGAGGGGAGUCAAUAAGCUAACUGAAAAGUAAAAAAAAAAACCACACACACACACACACACACACACACAAAAAGAAAACAGCAGAGCAGGGCAUGCAAGUAAAUAGCUGCUUAUAUGCAUGUAUAUAAAUUGAUCCAAUAAAGGUGGAGAGAAUAUUGAAAAAUAACUAUAUUGGACAUUAAGAUGUGUGUUUAUAUAAAGUUUUGGUAGUGUGUGAGAAAGCCAGAGUCUACAUUAAGUCCUUCAUUUCUGGUGUUGAAAUGUGUGAUCAUUUUCAUCUCAAAUGUCUUUCAUUCAUGAGAGUCUUUGAAAUUCCCUUUAAGAACUUUAAUCCUGAGGUUUUGGAUGGAGUGGCCAGUCUGAGUGAAGUGAUGACCAACAGGGGUACAAUGAUGACACAUUUCAACACCAGAAAUGAAGGACUUUCACACACUACCAAAACGUUUUAUAAACACACAUCUUAAUGUCUUAUAUAGUUCUUUUUCAAUAUUCUCGUUUCACCUUUAUUGGAUCAAUGUAUAUACAUACAUAGGCGUGUGCACGGGGUGUGCUGGGUGUGCCUGGAAACACCCUAAUCCCCGCGGCACGCCUAUGGCGUGAGACCGGCAGGGGAGAUCUCAGGAUCUCCCCUGUCGGCUCAUGCAGAGCCGGUGCUAUCCGAGCGCCGGCUCUGCUCUAAGCCUCCCUUCCCACUGCAGCAUGGAGGGAGGCAGGAGAGGACCCGGGGAGCUCAACCAGCAGCUCCGCCGGGUUCCUCUCGCGAGAUCUAAACAUUGCCGCGGCAACGUUCAGAUCUCGCGAGAGUGAACUCUAGCCCCAGGGGGCAGGAACAAGAAUCCCCCCUCCCUACAUAAGGUGAGAAGGGAGGGGGGAUAUUAAGUAAUGUACCCCCACCUCCGCACAAAGCACCCAAACACACAGCACCCACACACACAGCACCCACACAGCACACACACAUACAGCACACACACAUACAGCACACACACAUACAGCACACACACAUACAGCGCACACACACACACACACACAGCACACACACACAUACACCACACAUACACCACCUUCACACAUACAGCACACACAUACAGCGCAACCUCACACACAUACAGCACACACACACACACACACACACACACAAACAGCAUACACAUACAGCACCUUCACACAUACAGCACCCACACACACAGCACCCACACACAUACAGCACCCUCACACAUACAGCACCCACACACAUACAGCACCCUCAAACACACAGCACCCUCUCACACACAGCACAGAAACAGCAAACACACACACACACACACACAUACAAACACCCUCACACAGCACACAAAAAGCACCCUCACACACACACAGCACACAAACAGCACCCUCACACACACAUCACACUAACAACACCCUUACACACACAACACCCUCAAACCACCCUCACGCAGCACACACACACAGCAGUGUAUGUGUGUGUAUAUAUAUAUAUAUGUGCAUGUGUGUAUAUAUAUAUAUAUAUAUAUAUAAUUAACUUACAGCACAUAUUUGUGACACAAUGCACCUCUCUAUUAAUGAUAUGAGACACAGCACUCAACAGUUAUCCAUAUCACUCAUUGCUCCUAUAUUUCAACAACAUGACAGCCAUUACUUACCACCCUCAAAUAGAAACUGCCGGACACAAACUGAUGUUAGCUUUCCAAUAUAAAACAUUAAGCCUCUAUCAAUAGUUCCGGUGACUUAUUGGUUACAUUUCCUAUUGAAUGCUUUAUUCUCCUCAGUGUUUGAAUAGUCCUCUGCUUGCAAUCUGCAAACACUGUAAAUUGAUACCAUGUGACAUUUUGACUCCCUCCAUAUUCCUGAUUGGGAGGUUGUGGGGUGGUUUAUGGAAUGUGAGUUUAAAAUGUUUCCCUCUUCACACUAUGCCCUUAUAAUUCAGUGUAUUGCCUCUUUCUGACAUUUUCUUUUAUCCUAAGAUCUCCCCCAUCCCAUCACUGUAAGCUCUACAUGUAAGCCAGACCCUGCAGGGUGUCCAACUGCUGUAGGAAACAGAUUUAAAGCCUCCCCAUGGAUCUAACCCCAUCUUUGUUUCUCUUUUAUUUACUUUUUGUUUCGGGGAACGGAGGUUGUCAUCAUCUUGCCUCAUCUCCCCUCUGUAUUUCCCAGCUUUGUUAAGGCUUUGCAUCCAUUUAAAGAAUUGUGAGUCAUCCUGGCUUCUCCCACCACUGUAUACAUCUGCCUUUCUGUUGGCAGACACAUAACUCACAAAUGGAAGGAGAUAAGACACAGAUUUGUGCUAAGCUAGAGAUGGAGUAAUCGGGUCAGUACACUUUAGCAUUUCAGGAUGGUUGUCUUCAUUAGAGACUCUCAUAUAUGGCUCCACUGUACAUUCCUUAGAACAACAAACGUUGAUUCAUUUUCCUGUGAAAAAAAGAAUGACUUUUUUUACAUGUUUAUUUACUGCUAUAAGUUUUUUUUGUUUUUUUUAAUGGUUCUAAGGUGUGUCUAAUAGACUGUGUUUAACUACUUGGAAUGUCAACCAAAUUAUUAUUGGUGGACAAUAAAUCACUUAUAAAUAUUAAGAAUAGUAAAUUCAAUAUAUUAUUGUAAUAGAUGAUUAUUAAACGUUAUUCAUCAAACUGGGAAUUGUAAAGGAUAAAUUUACAAGGAAACAGCAUGAUUCGGCCUAAAUAACCAAACUGGGGACAUAGAUCAGAAUUCUUAUAACUCAACUAGUUUGAUGGCUGUCCCUCUAAAACUGACAAGUGUGAAGACUUGUGGAGAAGACUUCUAGGAGUAGCAAGGCUUAGCAGGGUCACCAGCUCAUAGCAGCAAAUACGCACAAAAUCCUUGAAAUAACUAUUGUAAAUGCAAAAUAGUCAAAAUGUACAUAAUAUGCCCUUAUCAAGUCAAGGCGACAUAUAUGAUACCAUUACUGCACUUACAAUUUUUAGAUUGCAAUCUUUCCAUGUAUGUCUCUUUGUUGCAGAAACAUAUGUAUCCAUCAGUGCUGUUGUUUCUGUAAUACCCAGCCUGUUCAUUUAAAUGAAGGGUGUUUAAAGUUAACUCGUAAUGUGUAGAAUUUUGUUCAUAAAGUACUGCAGGAACAAAUUAAUAGCUUCAGUCGAAUAUUUUACAUGUCAGAUCAAAGCAAGUAAAACUGAAUCAAACGGCUCACCCUCUAAACCUAGGGGAUAAUAGGCUUUACGGGGGAACGGGGGAACGGGGGAAAGCUCCACAGAGAGGGUGCAGAAUAACACAUGAAAGCGAUUGCUGGCAGUGCUCUGGGAAUAACUAAGACUGAAAUAGUGCAUUGGGAAAAGGACAAAACUGCCUGAUGGCAUCUAUUUACUUAGUUCUCAUUCUCAAACAGAUUUUUGCGUCUCUUUUUGUGUGUGUGAUUUUUGUGCUAAAAUAAAAGAGGAAAGAAGGGAACUGGAUGGGUGGAAGAGGAAAGUAUAACAUUGUAAAAGUCCAGAAGUGUAUAGCAUACCUUCCAACAUUACAAAUGGACAAAGAGGGAUACUUUCAUUCAGGGGUGUGAGUGGCGGCAUGGCCAGGGGCGGGUCUAUUCUCAGAAAGUUUAGGUGACUUAUUAAUAACAACGAAAAAAGGGUAUAUACUAGCGCUUAAAUUCAACUAGAAAUUAGCAGUGUUAUCCACCAAUAUUCACACAAAUAGCUGCUGUGACAGCAAGUGUAAUCUUUCCACAUACACCAACUAUGUAAACCAAAUACAAAAAGGUGUAGCGCUACAUACAGAUUAUUUCCUCAAAAGCGGAAGGAUUAUUUCCUCAAAAGCGGAAGGAGUGUUCUUCCAAAAUGGACACAGUAGCAAUAGUAUAUUCUUGAUGGGAAAUACCUAAAAAAUGAAAUUAAACUCCCAUAGUGUGACACUGUUAUAUGUUCCAACUUUUAUAGGUAUAUAUAAAGAAACCACUCACAUUCUCCUGAGCUAUCCACCAAGCUCAGGGAUAAAAUGCUCACAGGUCCGUAAAGGCGACCUUCCCCUUCUUCAAAUUAGAUGGUUUUGCAUGAUGUCAGCUAGGACUUAAACAAAGCAUAUAGAUGGUGCAAUAUUGCCUGAAGCCAACAGUCUUAUAUAUAGUAAUAGUGUGUUAUACUCGCAAGGAUGGAGCCAUAAAUAGGCUCAUUUUUGCACCAUCUAUAUGCUUUGUUUAAGUCCAUGAAAACAAUAAAGAGUUUAUAUACGUUCACAAACAAUUACAUCAUACGUAAAUGCUGAUCAUCACAAAUGCAGUAUUUCUACUACUCUAACAGCCCACCGACUUACGUUCACAUUCGCUCAGAGGCUAAACUACUUGUAAUCUUAUAUUUCGAGUAUUACUAAAAUUGAGGACGGUUGUCAUUUAACACAUACCUGAAUUGUACUUUACAUAUUCGAGCAUUUUUUUUUUAAAUCAGUUUUGCACACAUUCCUUUGGUGUAUAUUACCAGUUUGUUUAUUUUGGGAUUUCCCAACGUCUGUCAUUUCAAAUAUAAUUCCUGUAACCUUCGCUCCUUGGCGUUAGCCUCAUUGGGAAAUAACUUAGGAUGGGUGCAGUCCAGGAUGCACAAAAUGCUGGAAUCCGGAAAUUUAAAAUAUAAACAUAACAAGAAAAUGAUCCAGUUCGUGAAUUAGUCUAGACUAGCCAAUGCUUACCUUCAUAAGUGGAUUCUGCAGAUGUAUGAAAUGCUUUAUAAACAUGUUUAAAAGACUCACACAUAUCUUUAAUAAGAUCUUAAUAUGGAAUCAAAGUCUAUAAGAAAUGCAUGUUUGGAAUUAUAAGGCAAAUAAAAUAAAAAAUCUCGCUAACUUCUGAGAACUGUAAAACUAUAACUCAGUGCAUAGAGCUCCAGCUGCAGAAUUUCAGAUUUACAGGUUAAAUUCCUGGAAUAAUUCCUGCAACUCAGCAUUUUAUUCUUCUAAGGCUGUAAAAUGAGCCCUCUUGGCACCAUAACCCCACAGUGAAGUGGUUAUGGUGCCACCUUACCCUCUAGUGUUACAAUGUUUUAACGCAGAAGAAGUGUUGCCAGGCAUCAGUCUGACGCCUCUCCUCUGCUUGGGUUAAUUCAGAAAAUAAUUUCUCGAAUUACAUUUUUUCUUAUUUAUUCAUGCAAGAAAAUACAUUUCCAUUAACUGCUCUUUUAAUUAAUUAGUUGCUGUUUAUACUAAAUUAAAUUAAUUGUUUUGGUUUUUUUAAUUCUUUUCUCCAUGUGGUUGAGAUAAUCAUUUAUAUAUAUUUUUUUUCCACACCAAUAAAAGUUUUAAGCCAAUUACUUUACUAAAGUGAAAUUAGAUGAAGUUUUGAAACCAGCAGUUAAGCUUAUAGUGAUAAAAUAGAUGCUGAAUUUAUAGAAAACAAAGAAAAACCGCUACAGACUCAGUUGCAUGUGACAGCAUCUGUUUCAAUGUUGAUUUAUGGCUCAGUUAUGAAAAGGUGAAAAAUAAGCACCUUGGAUCAUUUCCUUUUCAGAUUUAUUAUUUUAAAAUACGUCAUGACACAGGACAGCUCGUAAUAAUACAGCCUUUUAAAUGUUUUGAUUUGUUGGGCUUAUAUUUUGGGUGUACUACUUAUGACAAUGUGAACAGAAGUUUAUGACAUUAUUUAAAUGUAGAUUUGUUUCAUAUCAUGUAUAUUUAAUUUAUGCACAUCCUAAAAAAUGAAUACACCUAUUGCACUUGAACCAUAUCUAGAAUGAAUGAUAAAUCCCUUUUCUGAGUUUCUGGGUCAUUUUUGUAUUUGUACCUAGCAGAAACAAUUUAUAUAUUUUAAAAAAAUGACAUCCUGGGAACUGCUGUGUGCAGUGACCUGUUCAGAACAGCAGAAACGAAUCAAUAAAAAGUUAUUGAUUUAACCCUUUGGGUUAGCAGAACAGUCCAUUAGUCAUUCCGCCAGCACGCAAAUAUUUUUUUUUUGUUAACGUAUAUUUGGAAGGAAGGCAUUAUUUUAGUGGCCUCCUGCAGAGUGCAAGAAUGAGCCAGGUGUUAUUUAUGGGUUGGUUUAAUAAAUACGUGUUUUUGGCGUUAGGUUGAAUUUUUUUUUCACUGCAUCAUGGCAAAGUUCUGUGACAUGUCAUAAAUUUACAAAUUAUCAGACCAAAGGAAGUGACCAGCUUUUACACAUAAAUACCUAUAAAUAAGGGAAUCAUACUUUAGUUUAAAUAAUAACUCUAAACAGAUGGUAAUUUUAUCAAUGUGGAAAACAAACAACUUUUAUUUAUUUUUAGUGUAUUGUUGAUGUUUUAUUUAUUACAGACGUUUAUUCAUCACAUAAGAUAAUAUUACACUGUAGGGUUUUAGCAAAGCAGAAUUGUACUCUGUUGGGUUUUUGCACAAAACCAAAUAUAUUACCUUUCGAUCAUGCCUUUUAUUUUAAAGUGGCUCUUUCACCACAAACUUACAUUUCUCCUAUCGUUUCCUCUUCUCUUCCUGUCUCUAAAUCUAUUAUUCUUUUCUUCCUUUCUGUUCUUUUUGUAAAAAUACACAACAAAAAUUAGGAGCUAUAUUUGUCCUUUUCCUCCACUUGACAAAUCUUGACCUAGGAUGGAGCUUAAGACAAGCUCCUUUUCCUUUGUCAAGUCCCAUUUUCCCACAAUACUAACCUCACUGUUGCAUACCUCAUCUAUAAUUGUCAUUCUAUGUUCUUCCCUGAGUAUUGCAUAUACUCAGUACAGUUUGCUUUCCCUCUUGGUUUCUGGACAUGUUCUGCGAGCGUUGUGUGGCGAAAGUAACCUCGCCACAGGCUCUUGGAGGGGCCUGCUGGCCAGCCUCUUGCCAAAAGACUAUAGGCCCUUUAAAAACUUAUGUGGUUUAUGUACUUUUGUACUCCAGAAAGAGAGACCGAUCGUUAGCCCUAAUUUCCUGGAACUGUUUUGGGCAUAGGACCAUGUGCACGGUUGGUCAUAACUAUGGCUUCCAUGGAAAUCCCGAACCCCUGAACCGGCUUGGGUGAAUUUUGGAUAUGUUGGUCCCCCAGAUCAGGGCUAUCAGGGGAUGUGAGUUUUGUGGGGUUUCCAUGUUUUUUGGGGGUACUUUCGGGAUAUUGUAAAAUUUAUGUUUUCUGUGCCUGGAGAUAAUUGAGUUUAGUACAGUACCUGACUCAAUUAUCUAUCAGGCACGGUGGAGGGACUAUCCUUUUUUGUGUGGGAGUGUCCUGGACCUGAGAGCCUAUGUCAUUACAGUGUGUACUUUGUCAUAGUCCCCUCUCAGGUCCAUUGGGGAAUGCCCCUAGAAUAUAUUAGAGUAAACCCCAUGCAUGGGGACCUGCAUAUAAGGCCAGUUGUGGCUGCCAUUAACCCCUUAAGGACCAAACUUCUGGAAUAAAAGGGAAUCAUGACAUGUCAGACAUGUCAUGUGUCCUUAAGGGGUUAAAGGAGUUCCUCUUCACCCUCAACAUAGAGCAUCAUCUCAUGUGUUGAGGGGAUAGUUAAAUUCACUCUGGGGAUUGCUAUAAUCACUAUACUCCCUUGGAUUACAACACUAACUCUUGUAAGAGCCAUCCUGCUAUACUCUUUGGAGUAGGAGAGGUCUACCCACUGGAAGCUGGAUCCUGGUCUUGGUUCCAGGGUGGGUGGGGGACAGCGAGACCCCAACCAAGCUGUAACGCUGGCUGUGUGGUUUACGAUUGUUAUGGGUUCUGGUAGAGUGCUUAGGAGUUCUCGAUGUUGCUACUAAGCAGCGAUUGGCGGAGGCACCCGUUCAGGGUGCCAGGCGGUCCGUCACACGUUUUCAUAGCGACUGAGAAAGGGCACACAAAAGCAGAGAAUACAAGUCACUAUCAGGAUACUUAACGUUACUUCUAAUAUGUUCUUUACUCAAGUAGAACAAAAUUCUGUUUAGGAUUAUCUGCUAUAUUGAGAACUCAAAUUUGAUUUCAAAUUUAGGACCAGAAAGGCAGAACUGAAAGAAUAGCUCACAUAGAGAAUGUUUCCAGCUCAGCUAUUUUCACCUUGAAUUUUAAGGUGAAUUCACAUAGAAUUCUCACAUUAGUAAAUAACUCUGAUAGAGUAGGUUUAUCCCCACUGAGAUUCAAAGUGCACUCUUUCAAAUUUAACCAAAUCAAUAGCUAACCUAACUUUAUGUUGUUCAUUUUUACUAACCACAAAAAAUAAAUAAAAGAACUGAAGAAAUUAAACGAAAAAUGCACAGCUGACAUUUGGCUAUUGUGUGUUUCAAAAUCACUUUGAUUUGUUGAUAAUUUAUGCUUUUUUUUUUUUUUUUUUUUAAAGGACAGUCUCAGCAGUGUAACACUGCCUUUUUUGACAAAUGUCAGUGUUUACAUUGCUGCCCAACGCCAUUUCUAGUGGCUGUCAUUCUGACAGUCACUAGACGGACUUCCUGAAUGCAGAACCGGCAUGCUGAUGCUGAUUGGCUCAGCAUGGCAAUUGCCACGCAUGCGCAACAGCCCCCCAGUGCUUCCCUGUUUAAGCAUUGUAUUGGCUAAACCUAAGAAGAAACUGUGGCUGCAGCGAGACUGGCAUGCCUGUAGACUGAAGGCAAUUUAAAAGAUUCUUUUCUGUUACUUUUGUUGUUGUGUAAUAAACUAACUGGCCUGAUAACACUGUGAAAUAACAUGUUUGUAUUUCUUACGUAAGGUUCGAGAAUUCCUUGAAUAACCCCGUCAAUGUAUUUUCAAAUCAAUUAAUCAGAAACAAUGACAUUAUCAGUAUUUUUGCUUGUUUGCCAUGUGAUGUCCUGAAAGGUCAAAUUGAAAUUCAAGUGUUCCUUUUGAUGAGUCUCACUAGUGGGCCUGAAUAGAUUUGCCAAUAUAAAGGCUCUCCUAUUUUGGACAGUUAUUUGCUGACGUGGUCUGUUGAACGCGGUAGCUCAGCCCUACUUAAGUCAAUGGAGAUUCAAUACUGGCAAACCCAAGAUACUGAUUGAAUUACAUGUCUGUUCUAGUGGUGUGUGUUUGCCGAAUUUCAGUUGCAGUUAAUUGGGAACUUGAUAUUGGCAAACUCACAAAAGUAAGCAAAUUUGAGUGUGCCAAACGUAUAAUAUGAAAAGUAAGAGUGCUUAGUUGACAUGUACCACCUGUGACUUUUCCGAAAGAUGUUCCAGUUUGAGGAAUCCAAACAUUUUGAGCCAGAAAUAAAAAUUGGAAUAACGUAGCUACUUUAUGGCAUGUUAUCUGGUGUAUGACAGUUCUGCUUUCAAGUCAUCUAAAGCUGUAAGGAUUGUUUUUCAGGGUGCACAGGGGAAGCAUUAUCCUUUGCACUUUUGACUUCCCAUUGUGUAUUGCUGCCUCCUCUUUUUUCCAGAUUCUAACAUGAAUUCAUUUGAUUUCCAGGUUAAUGCAUCCAGGCAAGAAGCCAAACUAAUGGAAGAGAGUGACCAGCUCAUUGAAAUUAUUCAGCAGAGAAGACAGAUUAUUGGAACGAAAAUUAAGGAGGGAAAGGUAAAUGUGACCUCAAUGUAUAGUAUUCGUUUGUGGGCAGUAUUUGUAAGAAGAAAAAAAAUCUCUCUCUCUCUCUCUAUAUAUAUAUAUAUAUAUAUAUGUAAUUUGCAUUGUUCUUUCACUAAAAUUGUUAUUUAUUUUAACCUGAAAAUCUGCAAAUGUAGAUGUUUUCUAUUAGUGUUAAACAUAGUAAAAUUAUCCAGGCUACUUCAUCUUAAUGAAUUAGCAUGGGUGCCGUGGUCUUGUUACGUUGACCAUUCAUGGUAAAUCAUUGUCAUUUAGCAGGAAUGGCAAUGUUUACCUUACAUAGUUACAUAGCUGAAAAGAGACUUGCGUCGAUCAAGUUCAGCCUUCCUCACAUUUGUUUUUUGCUGUUGAUCCAAAAGAAGGCAAAAAAACCCAGGUUGAAGCACAAUUUUGCAACAAGCUAGGAAAAAAAAUCCUUCUUGACCCCAGAAUGGCAGUCAGAUUUAUCCUUGGAUCAAGCAGUUAUUACCCUACAUUGGAAGAUUAUAUCCUUGAAUAUUCUGAUUUUGCAAGUAUGCAUCUAGUAGCUGUUUGAACAUCUGUAUGGACUCUGAUAAAACCACUUCUUCAGGCAGAGAAUUCCACAUCCUGAUUGUUCUUAUAGUAAAAAAACAUUUCCUUUGCGUUAGACGAAAUCUUCUUUCUUCCAGUCUAAACGCAUGGCCUCAUGUCCUAUGUAAAGUCCGGUUUGUGAAUAGAUUUCCACACAAUGGUUUAUAUUGGCCCCGAAUAUAUUUGUAUAAUGUUAUCAUAUCCCCUCUAAAUAGGUUUAAAUUUGUUAACCUUUCUUCAUAGCUGAUAUGUUCCAUUCCUUUUAUUAAUUUUGUAGCCUGCCUCUGCACUUUUUCUAGUGCCAUAAUAUCCUUCUUUAGAACAGGUGCCCAAAAUUGCACAGCAUAUUCAAUAUGUGGUCUUACCAGUGAUUUAUAAAGAGGCAAAAUGAUAUUCUCGUCCCGAAAAUGAAUGCCCUUUUUCAUAGAAACAUAGAAUGUGACGGCAGAUAAGAACCAUUCGGCCCAUCUAGUCUGCCUAAUGGCCUUGGCCACUGCUGAUUGACAUUGCACAUUGUUGCAUAGUUUGAUGCCUAUAACAAUUCCCAAGUCCUUUUCGUGUGUUGUUAUCCCUAAUUCGCUUCCAUUAAGAGUAUACGUUGCUUGUGUAUUCUUUACGCCAAAGUGCAUAACUUUGCAUUUUUCAACAUUACAUUUCAUCUGCCAUUUGAGUGCCCAGUCCCCCAGUCUAUCUAAAUCCCUCUGCAGCAAAGUAAUAUCUUGCUCACAUUGUAUUAUUUUACAAAGCUUUGUCAUCUGCAAACACAGAAACAUGACUUUCAAUGCUGUCUUCAAGAUCAUUUAUAAACAUGUUAAAUAGAAGGGGUCCCAGAACAGACCCCUGAGGGACACCACUUGCCACCUCUGUCCAGCUUGAAAAUUUACCAUUAAUGACAACUCUUUGUACUCUGUUUUUAAGCCAAUAUUCUACCCAAGAACAAGCAUUUUCAUCUAGACCGAUUUCCUUGAGUUUGAACACUAAUCUAUUGUGUGAAACUGUAUUAAAUGCCUUGGCAAAAGCCAAAUAGAUCACAUCCACUGCAACACCCUGAUCUAUACUUCUACUUACUUCUUCGUAGAACGCAAUCAAGUUAGUUUGACAUGACCUGUGCUUCAUAAAACCGUGCUGAUUUUUGCUGAUAACCAUGUUCUUCUCAAGGAAUUCUUGAAUAUUAUCCCUUAAUAACCUUUCAAAUAUUUUACCAGCCACAGAAGUUAAGCUCACAGAUCUAUAAUUUCCAGGCAAGGAUUUUGAACCUUUUUUGAAUAUAGGAACCACAUCUGCCUUCCUCCAAUCCUCCGAAACACUGCCUGAAAGAAAAGAAUCUUGAAAGAUUAAAAACAGAGGUUCACUUAUUUUUACACUUAGUUCCUUAAGUACAUGUGGAUGGAUACCGUCAGGCCCUGGAGCUUUGUUUAUAUUAACUUUCUUUAGUUACUGCAGCACCUUGUCUUGAGUUAACCAAUUACAAUUAUUCUGCAAGUUUUUAGUAGCAAUCAUUUGCACAUCUAUUGUCAUGGGUUCUUCCUUAAUAUAUACGGAGGAGAAAUAGUUAUUUAAAAUUCCUGCCUUUUCCUGGUCUUCAUUAACUAACACCCCCGUUUCAGUUUUUAGUGUACCUACACUUUCAAUUUUGGGUUUUUUAGAAUUUAUGUACUUAAAAAAAUGCUUUGGGUAGGUUUUGCUCUCUUUAGCUAUCAUUUUUUUCAUUUUCAAUUGCCUUUUUGCACGCAUUAUUUGCUUCCUUAUAUCUUUUAUAAGAUGCAUCUGAUUUGUCCGAUUUAAAUGCUUUAAAUGCCCUUUUCUUAUUUUUAAUCUCUUGUUUUACUUCUCUACUAAGCCACAUUGGUUUUAAUUUGUUUCUUUUAUAUUUAUUUCCCAAUGGUACAUACUGAGAAAUGCACCUUUCUAAUAUUUGUUGGAAGAUGAUCCAUUUAUCCUCAGUAUUCUUUUCACUAAAGAGUUUAUGCCAGUCAAUAUAUUGUAAAGCUUCCCUUAACUUAUUGAAAUUGGCCUUUUUAAAAUGAUAUGUUUUAGUAUACCCCAUGUGCGUUGUUUUUUUUGAGUUUAUUUCAAAGGACACUAUAUUGUGAUCACUAUUUCCCAAGUGCUUACCUACUUGAAUGUUGGUCAAAAGAUCAACGUUGUUUGUUAAAACCAGGUCCAGACAAGCGUCCAUUCUAGUUGGUGCUUGCACAAGUUGUGACAUGAAGGUGUCAUUUAACAAGUUUAAAAACCUAAUUCCCUUUGCUGAGCUACUUGUCCCUCUGUCCCAAUUUAUGUCCGGGUAAUUAAAAUCUCCAAUAAUUAAAGAGUUACCCAGAUGUGCAGCUCUCUCAAUUUGCUCAAACAGCUGUUGUUCCUCAUCAAUAUUAACAUUAGGUGGUUUAUAAUAUAUCCCAACCAAUAGUUGGUUUCUCUUCUUUCCCCCCAAGCAGAUAUUUACCUAUAAAGCUUCCACAUUUUCCUCAUCGCAUUCCAUUUGCUUAAGAUUUGGCUUUAAAUCAUGGUUGACAUACAAACAUACCCCACCACCCUUCUUGUUUUUCCUAUGUACCCAUUUAAGUUAACUGCCCAGUCAUGUGUCUCAUCCAACCAUGUUUCAAUUAUGCCUAUUAUAUCAUAUUGUUUAGUGUAUGCUAAUGCCUCCCCCAUUUUGUUAUUUAGACUCCUUGCAUUAGUAAGCAUACAUUUAAUAUCAUGCGUCACUUGUAUAUUUUGUGAAUUAUCAACAUUACAUAGCUUCUCUGUUCUGAGCUUGCCCCCCCCCGUCUCCACCCCCCUUUUACUGUGCUAAAGCACAUCUCCUCUCUGUCCUUUCUCCAUUUUGUAGAUUGCUAUGACCCCCCCCCCCUACUACUAGUUUAAAAUCUCCUCCAACCUUCUAGCCAUCCUAUCUCCCAGCACUGCAGACCCUCUCCCGUUAAGGGGCAAUCCAUCACUACUAUAAAGGUUGUACCCAAUUGCAAAGUCAGCCCAGUGCUCUAAAAACCCAAAACCCUCCUUCCUGCACAAGACUUAAGCCACGCAUUGACCUCUCUAAUCUCCCGCUGACUUUCCACUGUAGCACGUGGCACAGGUAAUAUCUCAGAGAAUACCACCUUGGAGGUCCUUUUCGUAAGUUUGCUACCUAAUUCCCUGAAAUCAUUCUUUAGGACCUUCCAUCUUCCUCUUACUUUGUCAUUGGUAGCAAGAUGGACCAUGAGCGCUGGGUCAUCCCCAGCCCCUCCCAAUAAUCCAUCCACUCUGUCAGCAACAUGCCGGACCCGAGCACCUGGGAGUCAGCAAACUGUCCAGUUGAGCCGAUCAGAGUGGCAGAUUGCCCUAUCUGCUCUCCUAAUGAUAGAGUCCCCUACCACCACAACCUGUCUCGCCUUCCUUACAUUUUGAUCCCCACCCGUACUAGGGGGGCUGUUAGCUCGGCUGUUAGAAGAAACAGCUUUCUCUAAUACAGCUACUCCUGAGCUGAUGCUCCCAACAUCUUCCCUCAAAUGGACAAAUCUGCUAGGUUGCACCAAAUCAGGACUAGCUAGCCCUUUCCUCUUCCCUCCCCACUGCUUCCUCACCCCACUGUCACCCAGCUACAUGCCUGUUCCAUCUGUCUUUUAUCUCCUCCCUCUCCACUACCUGUCCCCACUAAACUCUGCUCAGUGAGCAGCAGACUCCUCUCAAGAUUGUCAGUCUCCCUCAAAGUUGCGAUUUGCUUCUCGAGAUCUCCAAUCUGAGCUGCCAGAGAAGCCACUUGCACACAACCAUCACAGAGGUAUGGACCCUGGACGGGUACAUCCAGGCAUCCAUACAUGUAACAAGAUGUGCAUUGCAAAUGUCACAAUGCUGUACGAUUCUGGGAAAACUACAUAGUAUUUAUAGGCUUUAUUUAUUAACGUCCUCUGCAAAAAUCACUAUUAUGUCUUUCUAUUAGGCAUCUACACUCAUCUUCAUAAUAUUAUCAUCCAUGAUUUCCCGCUAUUUACCUACAACUUCCUGUCUGUUGCUGGUAUGUUUUUCUACUAAUGUUCAUCAACCUGCAAUCUAAAGAGAUGACAGAUUUUCUUUACUGCUAUACCUCUCUGAACUAAAACACUUUAAAACUUAACUAGUGAAGAUUAAGGAAAGCUGCAUGGUUUUACGCCAUCGUUGGUAUUGUUAGCACAUGACAGUAGCAAUGAGUACAAAGAGAUUUUGAAUUCUUCCACUUCUUUGUAAUUCUAUCUUCUACUCAAUUAGAGAGUGACCUCUUCUGUUUCACUGCUGACCAAUUCUUGCUGUGCCUUUCUGGUAUGUGGUAUUUCUCCAUAACCUCGGAAGUCAGAUUGAAAUGUCAAGCCUUGUAGUCGUUUUAUGGGAAAAACUGCAGCAUAAGAAUAAAGUCCAAUGUGUGUUUAUUGCUUCACUAAGCUGUCAUGCUCCUCUAAUUAACUUCAAAUAAAAAGCCUUGUCGGCAAGAACUGAUGCAAAAAUGUUUGAAGACCGGUGUUCCAAAAGGUGAAAUGUCAGAAAGAGUUUUAGAUUUUAUUUGUCUGUGUUUUAUCCAAAACAUCCUGAGUAUCUUUAUAUGGAAAGUUUAUAUUUUUAGAACUUUGAAAGCCUUAAUCUGCAGUAUUUCCAGCCUACAACUCCCCAUCUGUUUUUAGAUGAGCCAAUAAAAUAAUGUACUAUGUCACACAAUACAUGUCAAUACCAUUUUCACUUUAAAUUUCCUGUCCCGGUCUUCAUAGUGACACUUUUCUGACCUCCCCAAGAUUAAAUUCUUAAUUUUAGAAAAUCAUGCAAUGUAUUAAAGGCAAGUAAUGUCAUAUUGUGAUUCUGGAAGCAUUUAUACAGUUGCAACUAAAAGUAUGUGGACUGUUUGGAAUAACAACAUUGAAUUGAUUAUAGAUCAUCUAGAUAACAAUUAUAGACAAACACAAUCUUCUGGUCAUGUCACAGCAUCUCAAUUGGAUUAAAAUCAGGCCUCUGAAUAGCUCCUUCCAAAACUCAAAUCUUCUUCUUUUUCAGCCACUCUUUAGUUCAUUUACUUGUGAGCUUUUUUGGUAAUUGCCUUUUUGCAUCACACAAUCUCUCCUAAAGGACCACUCCACACCAAUAAAGCAAUUUCAUAACUUCAUUCACAAACACAAUUCCUUAAGCAGCUUCCAUGCACAACCCUCAUAGAUAUCAUACACAAUACCGCAAACUACUUAUGAACAUAUACAAUAUGACAGCCCACAUACACACAGAUACAAUGCUACAAAGCAACUACAUCACCCAUACAUAACACAUACAGAAUAUGGCAACAAACACACCUCAAUUUAAACAAAUAGGACCGGCAUGCCAAAGGACUUCAAGAUCUUUUUUUGACACAGUACAACUGAAAGGUUGCCUUCCCCUGUCCUAGUCCCUGGGGAGCACCUGUGUGUGUGUGUUUAAAGUUUAAUUUAUAGAGCAGGAGAUAAAAACUUCAAAAGCAAGUUAACAUCUGAUGGAAAAUUAAGCUUGCAGACUGUGUAAGUCACAGUUAGGGGAGGUAUAAACAGAAACAAAAGUGAUUUAACUCCUAAAUGGCAGAAAAUUGAGCAGUGAGACUGCAUGGGCAUAAUCUAUACACCAACACUACUUCAUUAAACUAAAGUUGUUUUAAUGCCUUUAGUAUCCAUUUAAUCUUGUGUGUUAUUAGUUUAGUCAGAUCGUGUUUACAUGUAAUUGUGCCUUAGGUCACACUGCAUACACUUAGUAUACAUUUUCCGAGUAACAUUUUAUUCAAUCCUACAAUUUCUAUGUAUGUUUGUAUUUGUUUAUUACUCAGUGUUUUGUAUCUUAUGAAAAUUAAUUAAAAAAAAAUAUUUGAAAAUAAAUUUAAAUUCAAUACAUUUUCUGAGUAACCAAAUUAAAUCAAAGAGUUCACAAUUUUUUUCUUGCAUAUGCAUAUUAGUUGACCUUAAUCCUUGUGAUAUGUUGAUGAUGGCUCCAAAAUGCCUAGAUUGUUUUAUUUAUUUAUACACUCCGUCGCUAUUCUAUGAUAACAGAAAAUAUAGCUACUCAGAUUAACAUCUAAGACUUGGAGUUCAGCUAGUAGACCUCAGAAGCUAUGUUAAAUAACCCCGUGAUGCAGGGCCGCCAUCAGGGCAUGACAACCAUGAUGGUUGUCACGGGCCCGGCGGUCCUGGGGGGGCCCGGACUGCUCUGGCAGUCCCAGGCCCCACUUUCCCUCUCUGCACACAUAGAUAGCGAAUAUCGCUAUGUAUGUGUGCAGCCGCGGGCCCCCGGCUCCCUGUUACCGCAGAGGGGGCCCAGCACACUGUGUGUUCUCCUCUCUUCUAAUAACUCUUGCUAUACCCGUGGUCUGCUUGGCCAUGGCAACGCUCAGAAGGCCGCGGGUAUCGCGAGAGUUAUUAGAAGAGAAGAGAACAGGCAGUGUGCUGGGCCCCCUCUGCGGUAACAGGGAGCCAGGGGGCCCCCCAUGCCACCGGACCACCAAGGAUGGAAUGUCCCCCCUCCCUGGACACAGGUAAGAAGCAGGGAGGGGGGAAUAACAUUUAUCUAAUUUAAUAUAAAAUUUAUUUGAAAUUAAUGUGAAAAUGCCCCUUCCUCCCCCUCCACCACCAGAUUGCACAUUUACACACACACUGCAUACACUAACACAACACACACACAACGCAUACACUAACACAACACACACACACACACUGCAUACACUAACACAACACACACACUGCAUUCACUAAUACAACACACACACUGCAUACACUAACACAAAACACACACUGCAUACACUAAUACAACACACACACGGCAUACACUAACACAACACACACCCUGCAUACACUAACACAACACACACAUACUACAUACACUAACACAACACACACACUGCAUACACUAACACAACACACACACACUACAUACACUAACACAACACACACACUACAUGCACUAGCACAACACACACACUGCAUACACUAACACAACACACACAAACUACAUACACUAACACAACACACACUGCAUACACUAACACAACACACACUGCAUGCACUAAUACAACACACACACUGCAUACACUAACACAGCACACACACUGCAUACACUAAUACAACACACACUGCAUACACUAACACAAUACACACACUGCAUACACUAAUACAACACACACUACAUACACUAACACAACACACACUCUGCAUACACCAAUACAAUACACACACUGCAUACACUAACACACACUCUGCAUUCACUACACAUUAACACACUCUGCAUUCACUACACAUUAACACACUCUCUGCAUUCACUACAAUAACACACACUCUGUACACACAGCAUCCACUACACAAACAUCCUGUAUUCACAGUACACACACUACAUCCACCACAAACUGAAACACUCUGCAUUCACUAUACAUAGACACUGCAUCUAAUACACACACUACAUCCACUACAGACACUGCACCCACUAAACACAUUUCAUCUAGUACACACAAACACUACAUCCACUACACAAACACACACAUCACUGUACACACACUACAUCCACUACUCAAACACACUCUGCGUUCACUAUACACACUGCAUCCGCUACACAAACACACACUCUGCAGUCAAUGCACAAACAGUAUCUAAUACACACAAACACUACAUCCAUUACACACAUUCUAAUUCACUUCCACUAUACACACCACAUUCAGUACUGCAUAAUUGUCAGCGGACUAGGUAGGGCGUGGAGGGGCCCGGGGGAGAGGGAAGGGGAGGGGGGCCCAGACCUUGUGCUUUGUCAGGGGCCCCAAAAUUUCUGAUGGCGGCCCUGCCCUGAUGGCUCAGUAUUUUUUUACCAUUGACCAUUAUUGCACUGUUAACCCCACGUUAUCAUUUUAUCAUACAUUAGGUUUGUGUGCUUUUUGUUAAAGUGGGAUAUGAAGUUUCCUCAAAUUCAUCAUUUGCUGACCCGGAAUAUUUGUUUCUUUUGCGGUUUGCAAAGUAAGAUGUUUUAGUUUAAAUUUGCAAAUCUAUUAAAUAGUUGGAUGAUGAGAAAGAAAGCGGUUGGCAUUUCAUGUUAAAGGGAUCAGCUAGUACAGCAAUGUCAGUCUUGGCAGUGUCUAGGUUUGCAAGUCCAAGCAAAAGAGUGUUUCAUCAACCUCUGUGCUUACAAAUGCAGCAAAUUCAUAGAGUGACAGGUAAAAUCGGUUAAAUCCUAGUGAUUGAUGUCCUUUGUUCUUCUUUAAAGUAAGCAAUGUUCAAAUGUUAUGAGUUUAGUUAACAUUGAGAGAUGUUUUAGUUUUUUUUACCAUUCUCCACACUGUAAUUAUGUGAUAUUUAUUUUCCCUCUGGGUCAGAGCAAUAGGGGAAAGUGAGCUUGGGGUCAUGAUCAGUUUUGCAAAUGACACGCAUAUAUAUAUAUAUGCAUUGUUACUACGUGUGAACCCUUUGUGCAGAAGCAUCAAUACUAGCAGGAUUCUACAGACCCUGAAAUGGAACACAAAUUUAAAUCGAUAGUUAAGUUCACUGAAGCUUAAUAGAUGGAGCAUUCUAUCCUCAAUAAUUUGUCUCCCAGACAAUGAAACAUAACAUAGAAAUAAAAUCUCUCAUUGGGCAGUAUAUCAGGUAAUUACAUCACUUAAUUUAAUUAAUAAUGGUAAAUCCUAUUCACUGAAGUAAAAAUAUACUUAAAGUGACACUUCACUGUACAAACAGAAAAAAACUAAUGAAAAACAACUAAAUCUCUGUUUAGUAGAUAUACCCCAAUCAAAAUGCAUGUAUUUAUUUAGACAUUUUUUUCAUCUGGGGGUAAAAGCUGCGGUUUUCUUGCCUGAAGCCUUUGUAAAAUCCUCCCCUUCUAACCCAGCCCAGACUUUCUGUGGCUGAAUUCAUGAAAGUGCCAAUUUCUAUUGAAAUCUGCACCUUUUGUAAAAUGAAAAAAAAAAAGGACACACAAAAAGAAUUUCAGCAGACGGAAGUGCUCUAAGGGUUUAGGAGCCUCCCUUUAAAAGGACACUCCUAACACCAUUCUCAUUGUGUAGAUUACGGUGCAAAGGUUUCUCCUGUCCCUGAAUACUUUUGGAUACCACCUAAACCACCAAUGUACGCAUGAAUUGGAAUCAAUGCAUGUCUAUGGAAAACAUUCAGCGCCUCCAUGCAAAGUGUGGAGAUGCUGAACAUAGGUGCUGCACAUUGUGCUGCACUGGACUAAGAGGCACCUCUAGUGGCUGUUUGAAUGACUGUCACUAGAAGUGUUACUAGACAGCAAUGAAAACACUGCCUUUUCUCUGAAAAGGCAGUGUUUACAUUGAAAAGCCGGCAGGGACAGACUAUAGACACCAGAACAACUACAUUAAGCAGUAGUGGUUCUGGUGACUACAGUGUCACUUUAAUAAUUGAAUUUUUGUUGUUGAAAAUAAAGUUUUGUUAGUUUAAAAAAGCAAAAAAACUGACUCCUAACUUUUUUAACUGGCUUCUAGAUUCAAAGCAAAUUUGUCAAGCCCUGGUUUAUUUGGUAUUUUCACUCAUCCUGAAUGAUGAAUAUAAUUACUUCUAGGGCUGAAAUAUAUACCCCAUAAUUGUAGAUGCACAGAGGUUAAUAGGAUAAUAGCAAACACCACUGAGCACAUUGUGAAGCUCCCGUUCCUGAUCUGGGUAGAACUUUGCUGCAGUUUGCAUGUAUAACUGAAUCAGAUCUAAUGUUUGUAAUAUUAUUUUUUCUAUUUUAUUUUUUAAACUGUUUUGCAUACUUUCUUUACAAUACAUCAAAGUCGGAAUUUCAUCUAGGCUGGAGUUUCCCUUUAUUUAAAUUACUUGGAACCCAGAUUAGGAAUAUUAUCUGCGCAACAUUCAAUGUCUUGCGCUCAUAAACUAAGUAGAAAAUAAAAAACAGGAGGAAGAUAUUAAGGUUUCCAGAAACGUUUUAUAAUAAAACUAGGAAAGCUCUUGUAGUGUCUAAUAAAUUUAAGAGUAUCGCCUCUAGCACAUUCUUAUGUUAAAUUCCUAUUUAUACGUAGAAUUCUUUCUAAACUAGAAUGUUUGUAUAUUUGUUCAUUGGAGGUGAACAUUCUUUUUCUUAAAUUAUGCAAAAUUGGAAACAGCAUAUCGUGAGUGACACAUCCAUCUGAUUAUAUCACUUCCAGAAGUUGUCGUGAUUCUACCCUACUUGACCUUAUUUAAUUUCCUUUAUCAUUUCCUUACGAAUAUCAAGUGAUAUUUGCGUCCUUUACAGCUUGAACUGUAACAGUCCAUUCCAGGACAAUAGCUGGGAACCAGGCCUACCCUAGCUGUCAUUCUGGUAGCCAUAACAAUAAGUAGACGAAGGAAAUACCAUCCAGUUGGUCUAAGUCUAUUUUUGUAUGAUUUUCGUAAUGUAAAAUGCAACAUACUAGGAACUGAUGGGGAGCACACACGGAAACAGACCAGCUGUGCUUAUUUUGGCUCUCAUUGUUUUUUUUGUGCUUUGUUUUGUUUCGUGAAUAGAAAGGAGAACACAAUAUUUCAGUAAAGCAAAUGAAUAGCCAUUUAAUUGUACAAGUAGGAAACAUUCCGUAGGGAGAUUGUGGACUGCAAGAGAUUGUUCUGGCUUCAUGUACAUAGCAUUAUAAACACAGUUGCUGAGAUAUAUUCACAGACUUUCACAGUUUGUCUGGAAACACCCGCUCAACUUGUGUGAGAUACCAUAAGCUCUAGUGCUUAACUCCCCAGUGUAUAUUCAAGCAGGAAUUAGCUAAACAAAUGACUUAAUAUUGAGUAAUUUAGUCAGAGUUUAAGUGGAAUUUGCUAAGUCCACAUUUACCAGAACAUUUCAUUGUUUAUCGGGAACUGACUUCCUGCCAUAUUUUAUAUUAUGUAUAUUAACAUGUUUUUUUUAAUUUAAGACAAACAUUAAGUAAUUAGAUAUCAUAGGUUUACAUAACUACACUUAUAUUUAAAAAAAAAAAAAAACUUACAAAGUGUGUUAUUUUCAGUUUCACAGAUGCCAGUCUGCGCACAGUUUUAACAUGUUUAUUGGAAUACAGUUUUUUUUCAACUUUAUAAACUCAAUAGAGUUGUCAGAUCUGCUUGUGUGUCUUUUGCUUUAUAGAUCUACUAAAUCCUGCAGAAUGAGCACUGAUACUUUUAUAUUACAAUUUCAUAAUCACUCCGAUUUAAUGUAUUUAUGGAAUAAAUGUUUCAAUGUUUGGAGGGCUUGAACCAAGAGAGCAUUGAUUACUUUUGUCAAAAGAACAACAGGGAGUCGUUUUUUUAACAAAAUGUGACUUCACAAUUAAAGAACAAUUCACUCCAUUAAAGUCUAAGAAAAGUCCUGGAGAGAUCCCUUUUAUAGAGUGGUCUUCAUAGAUAGUAUCCUCAACAGAUCACCUUUCUGGUAAGACAGACAAUCUCUAUGGUAAAAGCAGUGAUAAUAUGCCUGCUCUGACCCACAGCUGUCAUAGUAGAACUCUCUUAAUAUUCAUAAAAACAAAUGCUGACAGCUACAAAUGAGAAACUGCUUCAAGACUACGUGUCACCCAAUCCAUGUCUCCGCAGAUGCUAGAUUUUUUAGAUUUUUUUCAAACCAAGCCCUUUGCAUGGGCCAGUGAUUUAGUACAGAAACCCUGCUGAACCUGUAUGGAAACACAGAUGUGUUGAAAUAUUUAAGUAUUUUGAGUCCAAUACCAACACAUGGGACCUAUAUCAAAAUAUGUAUCCUGGCUACAUGCAUAUUUUUGUGUGUGUCGGUAACAAAGAGAGGAAGCUAAAAAAUAGUAAAGCAGAAAGGCAGUUUAUAGGCUCAUAAAUGUAGUUUUAGCUGGGCUUGGUUGCAUCUAUGCAUAUGUUGUCUAAUAAAGGCUUUAUGAACUUCCUGAAAUAGUGUAAGGAAAGUUCAUGGGACUGAGAGAAUGGCAUUUAGUAUAUCGAUUUUCACCUUGUUGUCCAAUGAUGGUCUAUAAUAUUCCAUGUUAAAAUAUUCGCACAGUUAUUUACUAAAGUUGGAAUUGUCCAGAAUUCUAAAUAAAUUCAAUGUAAAUUUCAAACAUUAGACCAAUAUAGAAAAACUGAAAACUGGUUGACUUGGAAAAUCUUUCCAGUUUAGGAACUGAAUUCCUGGCAGUUCACACUUUAGUGAAUGACCUGAUAUUAACAAUAUUAGUGAAGCUAAAGGAACAAUUAAGUCCAUUAGGUGUUCAUUUCUCUUUAUUAAAGGGACACUAUAGUCACCCAGACAACUUCAGCUCAAUGAAGUGGUCUGGGUGCCAGGUCCCUCAGGUUUUAACACUGCAGAUGCAAACAUAGCAGUUUCAGAGAAACUGCUAUGUUUACAUUGCAGGGUUAAGCCUGCCUCUAGUGGCUGUCACUAGAGGCGCAUCUGCAACGCAGGAGGCAUUUAAUGCCUCCAUCACGCAGAGCGUCCACAGAAAAGCAUUGAAAAAUGCUCCACUGACGUCGGCGGGGGAGGAGAGGGAGCCAGCGCCGAGGGAGCCCGGCACUGGAAAAAGGUAAGCUGCUGAAGGGGUUUUAACCCCUUCAUUGCCACGGGAAGGGGACCCUGAGGGUGGGGACACCCUCAGGGCACUAUAGUGUCAGGUAAACCACUUAGUUUUCCUGACACUAUAGUGAUCCUUUAAUACAGAUUAAGACCAUCAUCCCAGUUCAGAGGUUUUGACAAUUUAACAAUAAACAUGUAUUACUCUCAAUGUUCUGCUGAUAAUGGAACUGCUCUUUCUCCAAUCAAAAUGAUGACUUCUUCUUCUUUGCUCCAGAGUAGAUAUUAACCACAUAUUUAAUAUAUUAGGUAGUAAUGUUUGGAAAUACCUUUUUUUUUUUCUUCUAAUUAUUAUCAGUACUUUGCAUUAUUGUCUUUGUUUUGAGUAACUGUUGAGUAAUAUAAGCAUAUUCUAUGUUUUAUGUCCAAACUCCCAUUUUUUUUUUAAAUUCCAACUACAGAAUUUAUGUUUUUGUUUCUAUGACUAUAUGUCCCCUGAGAUUUCACAGGCUAAUUGUAUUUCAAAUCAAUAUUUCUGGCUUUCUCAACAUAUCUUGAUAAUCACACUGACGACUAUGAUGCUAUCGAUACAUUUCUUGAGACAUCAAUAAUAGAAUAGUCUGGCUACAUAUAUUUCUAUCAUACUAAGAUACCAGCCUAUAUAAAGGGGUCUGUAGACUAAAGGUUUAUGCAGAAGGGUACCAUUAAGGUUUUUAAAAGGUAGCCUUAUAUGAGGACUAUCUCAAGUUCUGUAUCAUAUGAAAUAAAUGAAGAUAAUUUGGUUAAUAAAAAAUUAGGCUUGAUUAGUAAGGGACUAGUGUUUUAAGCAAGGUAUUUGCUUUGCAUUACGAAAACCUAAUUCUAUUAAUAAAAGAGUAAGGAAUAGCAAUAGUAUAUACUUUCACUAUUCCUAUCUCUUUUAUUAAUAGAAUUAGGCUUUAGAAAAUCACAUGUGCACCAUUGAGUGUGCUAUUUCUAAUCUAUACUGGUAAUAUCGUUGUUUUAAUAAUAUGUUUGUGAUCAAGUGUAACAUUUUUAUUACACAGUUCUAAAGUGUAACCUUUAAAGUGUAUCAUUAAAUGUAUAUAUCUUUAAUUAAAUAAAUAUAUAUAUAUAUAGUUAGUCUAAAUGUACAGGGAGUGCAGAAUUAUUAGGCAAAUGAGUAUUUUGACCACAUCAUCCUCUUUAUGCAUGUUGUCUUACUCCAAGCUGUAUAGGCUCGAAAGCCUACUACCAAUUAAGCAUAUUAGGUGAUGUGCAUCUCUGUAAUGAGAAGGGGUGUGGUCUAAUGACAUCAACACCCUAUAUCAGGUGUGCAUAAUUAUUAGGCAACUUCCUUUCCUUUGGCAAAAUGGGUCAAAAGAAGGACUUGACAGGCUCAGAAAAGUCAAAAAUAGUGAGAUAUCUUGCAGAGGGAUGCAGCACUCUUAAAAUUGCAAAGCUUCUGAAGCGUGAUCAUCGAACAAUCAAGCGUUUCAUUCAAAAUAGUCAACAGGGUCGCAAGAAGCGUGUGGAAAAACCAAGGCGCAAAAUAACUGCCCAUGAACUGAGAAAAGUCAAGCGUGCAGCUGCCACGAUGCCACUUGCCACCAGUUUGGCCAUAUUUCAGAGCUGCAACAUCACUGGAGUGCCCAAAAGCACAAGGUGUGCAAUACUCAGAGACAUGGCCAAGGUAAGAAAUGCUGAAAGACGACCACCACUGAACAAAACACACAAGCUGAAACGUCAAAACUGGGCCAAGAAAUAUCUCAAGACUGAUUUUCCUAAGGUUUUAUGGACUGAUGAAAUGAGAGUGAGUCUUGAUGGGCCAGAUGGAUGGGCCCGUGGCUGGAUUGGUAAAGGGCAGAGAGCUCCAGUCCGACUCAGACGCCAGCAAGGUGGAGGUGAAGCACUGGUUUGGGCUGGUAUCAUCAAAGAUGAGCUUGUGGGGCCUUUUCGGGUUGAGGAUGGAGUCAAGCUCAACUCCCAGUCCUACUGCCAGUUCCUGGAAGACACCUUCUUCAAGCAGUGGUACAGGAAGAAGUCUGCAUCCUUCAAGAAAAACAUGAUUUUCAUGCAGGACAAUGCUCCAUCACACGCGUCCAAGUACUCCACAGCGUGGCUGGCAAGAAAGGGUAUAAAAGAAGAAAUCUAAUGACAUGGCCUCCUUGUUCACCUGAUCUGAACCCCAUUGAGAAUCUGUGGUCCAUCAUCAAAUGUGAGAUUUACAAGGAGGGAAAACAGUACACCUCUCUGAACAGUGUCUGGGAGGCUGUGGUUGCUGCUGCACGCAAUGUUGAUGGUAAACAGAUCAAAACACUGACAGAAUACAUGCAUGGCAGGCUUUUGAGUGCCCUUGCAAAGAAAGGUGGCUAUAUUGGUCACUGAUUUGUUUUUGUUUUGUUUUUGAAUGUCAGAAAUGUAUAUUUGUGAAUGUUGAGAUGUUAUAUUGGUUUCACUGGUAAUAAUAAAUAAUUGAAAUGGGUAUAUAUUUGUUUUUUGUUAAGUUGCCUAAUAAUUAUGCACAGUAAUAGUCACCUGCACACACAGAUAUCCCCCUAACAUAGCUAAAACUAAAAACAAACUAAAAACUACUUCCAAAAAUAUUCAGCUUUGAUAUUAAUGAGUUUUUUGGGUUCAUUGAGAACAUGGUUGUUGUUCAAUAAUAAAAUUAAUCCUCAAAAAUACAACUUGCCUAAUAAUUCUGCACUCCCUGUACAUUGACUUUCACUUAAUGUAGUAAACAGGUUUGCCUGUAUUACAGCAAUUUGAAGGGUAUAGAGUUGUGUCACAUUCGACCAUUCCUGCUUAAAAUAACCACAGACAAUAAAAAUUAAUAGAAGUAUUUUUGUUUCUGAUCUCUUUUUAAGGUGGUGAGGUUGAGAAAAUUGGCGCAACAGAUAGGAAACUGCAAGCAAUGCAUAGAACGCUCUACCUCACUCAUUUCGCAGGCAGAGCAAUCUUUAAAGGAGAAUGAUCAUGCUCGCUUUCUACAGUCGGCCAAGAGCAUCACAGAAAGGUAA